GUGAGUGUGGCUGGGAUGGAUGUGAAGCUGCAGUGAGGAUCUGCCAAGAAAUCCCUGAACCAACUGCUGUAUACUCUGUGCUGUACCCACAGCCCCCCCCUGUACUCUGUGCUGUGCCCACAGCCCCCCCCCCUGUACUCUGUGCUGUGCCCACAGCCCCCUCUAUACUCUGUGCUGUGCCCACAGCCCCCCCUCUGUACUCUGUGCUGUGCCCACAGCCCCCUCUGUACUCUGUGCUGUACCCACAGCCCCCUCUGUACUCUGUGCUGUACCCACAGCCCCCUCUGUACUGUACCCACAGCCCCCUCUGUACUGUACCCACAGCCCCCUCUGUACUCUGUGCUGUACCCACAGCCCCCUCUGUACUCUGUGCUGUACCCACAGCCCCCUCUGUACCUCUGUGUUGCACCCCAGCCCUCUGUAUGCUGUACCCACAGCCCCUCUGUACUCUGUGCUGUACCCACAGCCCCUGCUGUACUCUGUGCUGUACCCACAGCCCCCUCUGUACUCUGUGCUGUGCCCACAGCCCCCCCUCUGUACUCUGUGCUGUACCCACAGCCCCCCUGUACUCUGUGCUGUACCCACAGCCCCCUCUGUACUCUGUGCUGUACCCACAGCCCUGCUGCACCCUCUACUGUUGCUAGAUCCACAGGUUUCUGCCACACUCACAGCUCCCUGCUGCACCCCACCUCCUGGAGGCUGCACCCCAAAAUCCCUGCUAACUGGGAGGGGGUUGUCUUUGUGCUUUCUGCUCCUUGGAUCAGGUUUCUUCCUUUCUGGGGCCAGUUACAGAGGCUUUAACUACCCUUGGAGGGCCCCUAAAACAGCUUCACCCCAUCUGGGACCAGCUACAAAGGAUUUAUCUGGAGAGCUCUCACCUCAAAUCUGCAGCAGCCUACCUCACUGGGGCUUUAAUUACCCCUGGGGGCCACAAACGGAUUGUCCUCCAAUCUGGGAUCACUGGAGAGACUUUAUCUGCAUCCCCCCUCUGUGACUUGGAGGGCCCCAUCCCAGGACUGAUGGACUUCCUACAAGUGGGGACAACUUUCUAGGAGUUCCAGGAACCAACAUCACUGUGUGUCACCCCUCAAGCAAGGGGACCCCAGACAUUCGGGACUCAUUGUUGGAGGGUCUCAGGUCUCUGUGGAUUGGGGGUCCCCAUUGCAUGUUUACAAGAUUUGGGCUGUGCACAGAUUAUGGGGUUCCCCCUGCAAAGCUGAAGAAUUUUGGGUCUGUAAGAAUUAGGGAUUUUCCUCAAUGCGAAGCUGACGACUUCGGGGGUCCCCUCUUCAAGGCUGGAAUAUUUGGGGUCCCUAAGGAUUAGUGCAGGACUGGAAGAAUCAAGUCCCCCAUUGCUCUGGAUUUAGGAUUUCUUUGUCCUCUAUAUGGCUGUCCUGCUGGUUCUCCUCUGUAUCCCCCUCUCUGUGGCUCUAGAAGGUGAGACAACAUAUUAUAUCUAAAUGGGAAACAUGUGUCUCUAGAGAGGUACAGAGCUCAUUCUGGAGUCUGGAAUGUGGAUUCAACUGAAUCAGGGAGCUUCCAAGGCAAAGGGAAAAGUUACAAAGUAACUGUGUGAAUGUAGAUACAUAUAUAAUAAUAAUAAUAAUAAUAUCUCAGGAUAGGUGUGUGAAUGUAGAUACAUAUAUAAUAAUAAUAUCUCAGGAUAGGUGUGUGAAUGUAGAUACAUAUAUAAUAAUAAUAAUAAUAUCCCAGGAUAGGUGUGUGAAUGUAGGUACAUAUAAUAAUAAUAAUAAUAAUAAUAAUAAUAUUAUCUCAGGAUAGGUGUGUGAAUGUAGGUACAUAUAUAAUAAUAAUAUCUCAGGAUAGGUGUGUGAAUGUAGGUACAUAUAAUAAUAAUAUUAUCUCAGGAUAGGUGUGUGAAUGUAGAUACAUAUAUAAUAAUAAUAUCUCAGGAUAGGUGUGUGAAUGUAGAUACAUAUAUAAUAAUAAUAAUAAUAAUAAUAAUAUCCCAGGAUAGGUGUGUGAAUGUAGGUACAUAUAUAAUAAUAAUAUCUCAGGAUAGGUGUGUGAAUGUAGAUACAUAUAUAAUAAUAAUAAUAAUAAUAAUAAUAAUAAUAAUAAUAAUAUCCCAGGAUAGGUGUGUGAAUGUAGGUACAUAUAAUAAUAAUAUUAUCUCAGGAUAGGUGUGUGAAUGUAGGUACAUAUAAUAAUAAUAUUAUCUCAGGAUAGUGUGAAUGUGUAAUAAUAAUAAUAUCCCAGGAUAGGUGUGUGAAUGUAGGUACAUAUAAUAAUAAUAUUAUCUCAGGAUAGGUGUGUGAAUGUAGGUACAUAAUAUAAUAAUAAUAAUAUCCCAGGAUAGGUGUGUGAAUAUGCAUUGCUGGAUGUUCAUGGAUUUCUCUCUGACAUUAAUUCCAAUUAUUAAUAAUAUGCAAUGAGUUGCUAUCAGAUUAGGAUUAUUGUCUGUGUUUAAUGUUCAGUUUUAUAGGUGGUUUAUUAUGUAGAGAUAUUUCUAAAUUAUGAUCUGUUACAGUUUGCUGUACCCACAGCCCCUGCUGUACUCUGCGCUGUACCCACAGCCCCUGCUGUACUCUGCGCUGUACCCACAGCCCCUGCUGUACUCUGCGCUGUACCCACAGCCCCUGCUGUACUCUGUGGAUAAAAAAACAAAAAAACAAUUCUCCCUCUAGUUAUUACAUGGAAUAUUAGUCAAACACAAUAAGAUAAUUUAAUGAAACCAACAAAUCUAUGUUACAUGUGUAUGUAAAAACAUCUGUCUGUCUAUUAUCUAGUCUGUCUAUCUACAUAUAUAUAUAUAUAUUCCCUGUACAGGGACUGGGGCGGUAGUUAUUCUAUAGGUUCCCUGUACAGGGACCGGGGCGGUAGUUAUUCUAUAGGCUCCCUGUACAGGGACUGGGGCGGUAGUUAUUCUAUAGGUUCCCUGUACAGGGACUGGGGCGGUAGUUAUUCUAUAGGUUCCCUGUUCUAUAGGUUCCCUGUACAGGGACUGGGGCGGUAGUUAUUCUAUAGGUUCCCUGUACAGGGACCGGGGCGGUAGUUAUUCUAUAGGUUCCCUGUACAGGGACCGGGGCGGUAGUUAUUCUAUAGGCUCCCUGUACAGGGACCGGGGCGGUAGUUAUUCUAUAGGUUCCCUGUACAGGGACCGGGGCGGUAGUUAUUCUAUAGGUUCCCUGUACAGGGACCGGGGCGGUAGUUAUUCUAUAGGUUCCCUGUACAGGGACCGGGGCGGUAGUUAUUCUAUAGGUUCCCUGUACAGGGACCGGGGCGGUAGUUAUUCUAUAGGUGGGACCGGGGCGGUAGUUAUUCUAUAGGUUCCCUGAACAGAGACCAGGGUGGUAGUUAUUCUAUAGGCUCCCUGUACAGGGACCGGGGCGGUAGUUAUUCUAUAGGUUCCCUGUACAGAGACCAGGGUGGUAGUUAUUCUAUAGGCUCCCUGUACAGGGACCGGGGCGGUAGUUAUUCUAUAGGUUCCCUGUACAGGGACCGGGGCAGUAGUUAUUCUAUAGGCUCCCUGUACAGGGACCGGGGCAGUAGUUAUUCUAUAUGUUCCCUGUAUAGGGACUUGGGCGGUAGUUAUGUAGUUAUUCUAUAGGUUCCCUGUAUAGGGACUGGGGCGGUAGUUAUGUAGUUAUUCUAUAGGUUCCCUGUAUAGGGACUGGGGCCAUAGUUAUAGGGUCCCUAUACUGUGUGUUAUGGUUUUAUUGUAUGUGGGACUCUCACCUUGUCCACAGCGGUUGCCAUGACCUAUUCCUGUCACCUGUCUACUCAAUGGCCUAAUCCUAGAUGUGGUUACCUCUUCGUCUACCCCAUCCCUCUCAGUUCUCCCCCAUCUCUCGUCUUCCCCAUCCCUCUUGGUUUCUCCCCAUUACUCUUGGUCUCCCUCGUCCCUCUUGGUUUCCCCCAUCCCUCUCGGUCUCCCCAAUUCGUAUCGGUCUCCCAUCCCUCUCAGUCUCUUCCAUCCCUCUCAGUCUCUUCCAUCCCUCUCAGUCUCUCCCAUUCCUCUCAGUCUCUCCCAUCCCUCUCAGUCUCUCCCAUCCCUCUCAGUCUCUUCCAUCCCUCUCAGACUCUUCCAUCCCUCUCAGUCUCUCCCAUCCCUCUCAGUCUCUCCCAUCCCUCUCAGUCUCUUCCAUCCCUCUCAGUCUCUUCCAUCCCUCUCAGUCUCUCCCAUCCCUCUCAGUCUCUCCCAUCCCUCUCAGUCUCUUCCAUCCCUCUCAGACUCUUCCAUCCCCUCCGUUCUCCCCAUCCCUCUUGGUCUUCCAUUACCCUAUACCCUCUCCCCCAUUCCUCUGUCUGCCCCAUUCCUCUGUCUCCCCCAUCCCUCCCGUUCUCCCCACCCCUUUUAGUCUCCCCCAUCAAUCCCGUUUUCCCCCAUCCCUCCUGUUCUCCCCAUCCGUUUUACCCCAUCCUUCUCCGACUCCUUGCCUCUCUCCUCAUUCCCUAGUGUUUCCUGACAUUACUCAAGACUUUCUCUUUUACUCACUUUUCAUUGCUUGUUCCAUCCCUAUAUGUCUAUUUUUUGUUACUCCCUAGUUACUCACAUCUCCCACAUGACUUUUGUCUCUCUGGGAAGGUGCAAGCUCUGCAGCCCAGUUUUAUGUGUAAGGCUAUUAUUAUCUAACACAGAAAUCCUCCUUCUCAGGAUUGUUUAAAAACAAUGAUUGCCUCUCCUCACUCCCGCUUCCUGCCUCCCCUUCCUUCCUUUCCUUAAUCUCUCCCCUUCCCCCUCUCUUUAAUCUUCCCAAUAUAAAGUGUCUGCUUUCACUUUCCGCCUGCACCCCUAUAAAGAGCUUUCAUUACCCUGUACCCCCUCUCAUUGACUCCCAUUACCCUCUACCCCCCUCUCACAGCCUCCCAUUACCCUGUAUCCCUCUCACAGACUCCCAUUACCCGGUACCCCCCCUCUCACAGCCUCCAAUUACCCAGUCUCCCAUUACCCUGUAUCCCUCUCACAGUCUCCCAUUACCCUGUACCCCCUCUCACAGACUCCAAUUACCCAGACUCUCAUUGACUACCCUCUACCCCCCUCUUACAGCCUCCCAUUACCCUGUACCCCCCUAUCACAGCCUCCCAUUACCCUGUACCCCCCUCUCACAGUCUCCCAUUGCCCUCUACCCCCCUCUCACAGCGCUCUCCCAUUACCCUGUAACCCCCUCUCACAGUCUCCCAUUACCCUGUGCCCCUCUCAAAGCCUUCAAUUACCCUGUACCCCUCUCAUUGACUCCCAUUAGACCUGCGCUCUCCCAUUGCCCUGUACCCCCCUCUCACAGUCUCCCAUUGCCCUGUACCCCCCUCUCACAGUCUCCCAUUGCCCUGUACCCCCCUCUCACAGCCUCCCAUUGCCCUGUACCCCCUCUCACAGCCUCCCAUUGCCCUGUACCCCCUCUCACAGUCUCCCAUUACCCUGUACCCCUCUCAAAGCCUUCAAUUACCCUGUACCCCUCUCAUUGACUCCCAUUACCCUGUACCCCCUCUCACAGACUCCCAAUACGCUCUACCCCCCUGUCACAGUCUCCCAUUGCCCUGUACCCCCUCUCUGUGCUCACAUUUUCACAAACCCCAACUCGUUCCUUUCUGGGGUGGUCUUGGUUCCUUCACUACAAACAAAUAUGUUGUAGUGCCAUUCAACGUAACCCCACCCAUAGCCAGGUGGCUAAUUACAGAGUAAGGCAGAAUGGAGGGUCAUAUAACCAGGCGUUUGGGACCCAGUGCUUCUAGAGGGGGAAGGGAGGGGCUGGCUGGCACUGUUGCUGUCUGUGCUGUACCUGUGCUGUGUAUACAUGGCAUGGUGUAGUAGUGUGUGAGGGGAGACUGGCACUGCCACUGUCUGUGCUGUACCUGUGCUGUGUAUACAUGGCAUGGUGUAGUAGUGUGUGAGGGGAGACUGGCACUGCCGCUGUCUGUGCUGUACCUGUGCUGUGUAUACAUGGCAUGGUGUAGUAGUGUGUGAGGGGAGACUGGCACUGCCGCUGUCUGUGCUGUACCUGUGCUGUGUAUACAUGGCAUGGUGUAGUAGUGUGUGAGGGGAGGCUGGCACCGCCGCUGUCUGUGCUGUACCUGUGCUGUGUAUACAUGGCAUGGUGUAGUAAUGUGUGAGGGGAGGCUGGCACCGCCGCUGUCUGUGCUGUACCUGUGCUGUGUAUACAUGGCAUGGUGUAGUAGUGUGUGUGAGGGGAGACUGGCACUGCCCCUGUCUGUGCUGUACCUGUGCUGUGUAUACAUGGCAUGGUGUAGUAGUGUGUGUGAGGUGAGGGGAGGCUGGCACUGCCCCUGUCUGUGCUGUACCUGUGCUGUGUAUACAUGGCAUGGUGUAGUAGUGUGAAGGGAGGUUGGCACUGUUGCUGUCUGUGCUGUACCUGUGCUGUGUAUACAUGGCAUGGUGUGUAGUAGUGUGAGGGGAGGCUGGCACUGUUGCUGUCUGUGCUGUAACUGUGCUGUGUAUACAUGGCAUGGUGUAGUAGUGUGUGUGAGGUGAGGGGAGGCUGGCACUGCCCCUGUCUGUGCUGUACCUGUGCUGUGUAUACAUGGCAUGGUGUAGUAGUGUGUAAGGGAGGCUGGCACUGCCCCUGUCUGUGCUGUACCUGUGCUGUGUAUACAUGGCAUGGUGUGUAAUAGUGUGUGAGGGGAGGCUGGCACUGCCGCUGUCUGUGCUGUACCUGUGCUGUGUAUACAUGGCAUGGUGUAGUAGUGUGUGUGAGGUGAGGGGAGGCUGGCACUGCCCCUGUCUGUGCUGUACCUGUGCUGUGUAUACAUGGCAUGGUGUAGUAGUGUGAAGGGAGGUUGGCACUGUUGCUGUCUGUGCUGUACCUGUGCUGUGUAUACAUGGCAUGGUGUAGUAGUGUGUGUGAGGUGAGGGGAGGCUGGCACUGCCCCUGUCUGUGCUGUACCUGUGCUGUGUAUACAUGGCAUGGUGUAGUAGUGUGAAGGGAGGCUGGCACUGUUGCUGUCUGUGCUGUAACUGUGCUGUAUAUACAUGGCAUGGUGUAGUAGUGUGUGUGAGGGGAGACUGGCACUGCCCCUGUCUGUGCUGUACCUGUGCUGUGUAUACAUGGCAUGGUGUAGUAGUGUGUGUGAGGUGAGGGGAGGCUGGCACUGCCCCUGUCUGUGCUGUACCUGUGCUGUGUAUACAUGGCAUGGUGUAGUAGUGUGAAGGGAGGCUGGCACUGUUGCUGUCUGUGCUGUAUAUACAUGGCAUGGUGUAGUAGUGUGUGUGAGGGGAGACUGGCACUGCCCCUGUCUGCGCUGUACCUGUGCUGUGUAUACAUGGCAUGGUGUAGUAGUGUGUGAGGGGAGGCUGGCACUGUUGCUGUCUGUGCUGUGUAUACAUGGCAUGGUGUAGUAGUGUGUGAGGGGAGACUGGCACUGCCGCUGUCUGUGCUGUACCUGUGCUGUGUAUACAUGGCAUGGUGUAGUAGUGUGUGUGAGGGGAGGCUGGCACUGCCGCUGUCUGUGCUGUACCUGUGCUGUGUAUACAUGGCAUGGUGUAGUAGUGUGUGAGGGGAGGCUGGCACUGCCCCUGUCUGUACUGUACCUGUGCUGUGUAUACAUGGCAUGGUGUAGUAGUGUGUGAGGGGAGGCUGACUCUUCAUUUACUUUACAAAUGAACAGUCUUAUAGGACAAUUCUCCUCCUCCUCAAUUUGCCCCCUGGGGCCUGGACACCCGCCUCUCCUGCUUCCCCCAUGCCAUGUAAGGGACUGUCUCCAUUCAGAGGAUUAAACAGAGAGAAGAUUUAUGUUACUUUCAAAAUCACUUCAUCCUUUUUAUCCUCCCCCAGACCUGCGCUCUCUCUGCUCUCCCAGACCUGCGCUCUCUCUGCUCUCCCAGACCUGCGCUCUCUCUGCUCUCCCAGACCUGCGCUCUCUCUGCUCUCCCAGACCUGCGCUCUCUCUGCUCUCCCAGACCUGCGCUCUCUCUGCUCUCCCAGACCUGCGCUCUCUCUGCUCUCUUAGGCCUGCACUCUCUCAGGCAGUGAGUGAGGCAUUGUUUGCCUCCCCGGUCCCUGCACUCAGUGAGUGAGGCACUGUUUGCCUCCCCGGUCCCUGCACUCAGUGAGUGAGGCAUUGUUUGCCUCCCUGGUCCCUGCACUCAGUGAGUGAGGCACUGCUUGCCUCCCCGGUCCCUGCACUCAGUGAGUGAGGCAUUGUUUGCCUCCCUGGUCCCUGCACUCAGUGAGUAAGGCAUUGCUGUCUCAGUCAGGUUUUUACCUGCUGUUUCCUGUGACUAAUAAACCCAACACGUUGCAAUCCACCCACCUCUCCCAUCUUCCUUCACGGGCCAGGCUGUGCCAUGGGCUACGAGACACAUCAUUCUAGGCAGACCAUACUGUGCUGGGUCACAAUGUUUCUAUUGUAGUAGAUGUCCAUCUGCGGUUUGUAAGGUAGAUUUAGCAUCGGUUAUCUGUGGCAUAUGAUGAUUUGGCAUUACCUCAGGCACUGUUAUGCAGUUAAGAUGAACCUGAAAUUACUCUGUUUAAAACAAACCUUUGGCACCCAGACAGAUUCUCUCUUCUUCCUAAUGUUUCCAGGGCUGAACCCAUUACCCUGAUUCCUCUGUUACUCUCCCCGACCCUUGCACUCCUGAAAUGUGAUUUGGGAACCCCAACCCAACAUCUGCCCAUAGUAUCACCUCUCCAUGUGUUCUGUCUCACACAUAGACACUCUCACAGUCUCUUACAUACAGUGACAUUCUCACACACAGACACUCUGGCACACUUACACAGACACUCUCUCACACACAGACACUCUCACAGUCCUUUCACUGUCUCCAGGAUACAUCCUUGUUUUUCUUAUCCACCAAAAACCCGAACUCCUGUUCACCUGAGACCUUCAGAACAGAAUUUCAUAUUUUCUAAUCCACCAAGAGACGGAUCUCCAACCUUCUUUACCUAUGUUUCCUCUAAUCCACCCAGACAGAUUCUUUCUUCUUCUCCUUUUUUUCCAAAUUACUCUGUUUAAUACAAACCUUUGGCACGCCAUAAUGCUGACAAAGCAUCAGUGGAGAUGUAGUCACCAACAUCUGCAGCACCAAACAUUGCCUGCCCUUGUUCUAACAUAAUUCACCAAAAACCUCCAGGAUACAUCCUUGUUCCUCUUAUCCACCAAAAACCCAAGCUCCCGGCCUUUCACUGUAUCCACUAUCCAGGAUACAUCCUUGUUUCUCUUAUCCACCAAAAACCCGAACUCCUGUCCACCUGAGACCUUCAGAACAGAAUUUCAUAUUUUCUAAUCCACCAAGAGACGGAUCUCAAACCUACUUGACCUAUGUUUCCUCUAAUCCACCCAGACAGAUUCUCUCUUCUUCGUAAUGUUUCCAGGGCUGAACCCAUUACCCUGAUUCCUCUGUUACUCUCCCCGACCCUUGUACUCCUGAAAUGUGAUUUGGGAACCCCAACCCAACAUCUGCCCAUAGCAUCAACUCUCCAUGUGUUCUGUCUCACACAUAGACACCCUCACAGUCUCUUACAUACAAGUGACAUUCUCACACACAGACACUGUCACACGCACAGACACUCUGGCACACUUACACAGACACUCUCUCACACAUAGACACUCUCACAGUCUCUUACAUACAAGUGACAUUCUCACACACAGACACUCUCACACGCACAGACACUGUGGCACACUUACACAGACACUCUCUCACACAUAGACACUCUCACAGUCUCUUUCAUACACUAAAAUUCUCACACACAGACACUCUCUCAUACACAGACACCCUCACACACAGACACUCUGACACACACUGAUACCUUCAUGCACAGACACUCUGACACACACUGAUACCUUCAUGCACAGACACUCUGGCACACACUGAUACCUUAAUGCACAGAGACUCUGGCACACACUGAUACCUUAAUGCACAGAGACUCUGGCACACACUGAUACCUUAAUGCACAGAGACUCUGGCAGACACUGAUACCUUAAUGCACAGACACUCUGGCACACUCACACAGACACUCUCUCACACACAUACAUUGCCUUUCCCACACACCAACCAGCCUGAUUUUCCUCAGAGGAAGCAUUUGGAGAAGAUUUGCAGCUGAAGAUGAACAAGGAAUCUUGUUAUCUAAUUUACUGUAACUAAAAAUUCUUGUUUCUAAUAAUUAACCACUCGAGGAGACAAUCUGUGUCUGUGCUGACACGCAUCAAUGGAGCCGUUUGUCUGUAAAAGUGUAAAUAUUGCACACAGAUCGGCUGUGCCUUGUGAACAGCAACCCCUCUGUCCCUCACAGGGUUAAUAAAGGCCAAAAUCUUUCCAUUCAGCGAAUAAUGAAAAGGAAACGUCUGCAGAAUAAUAGGAUUUCUAAACAAUGGAAUCAUGGAGGAGAGAUGUGACUUCACAAUGAGUGUCAGACUGGGUUAUCCUGGGGGGGCAUUCCUCAUCUCAGACACGUUAACACUUCUUCUAUGUGAGUUGAUAGUCUACUGGUAUAAGCUUAACUGCACCCACUGUCACCCUCACUGCACUCACUGCACCCACUGUCACCCUCACUGCACCCACUGUCACCCUCACUGCACUCACUGCACCCACUGUCACCCUCACUGCACCCACUGUCACCCUCACUGCACUCACUGCACCCACUGUCACCCUCACUGCACCCACUGUCACCCUCACUGCACUCACUGCACCCACAGUCACCCUCACUGCACCCACUGUCACCCUCACUGCACCCACUGUCACCUGGUUGUGGCUGGCUUACAUCAUGUCUGUUCAGUUUAAUUGAGGCAGAGGGGUCUCUGUGGAACCAGUACUCACAUAAUGGGCCCCUGGGAGCACCAAGGAAAACAAAGGGAAAUAGCUAAAUAAAUCCUUUUGUAUGAAUUCAUUAUUAACGCCCAGAUACCAUCAAACCAGAGGGAGGUAGAAUCUUUUUAUUUAGAAAUAUUGAGAAUUUAUUGUUAAUUAGCGCUGCACACAUUCCCUAUAAGCUCUGGAGGCCCUGUAAUGCCAUGUAUUGAGAGAGUCACAGUUUAGUUAAUAACCCUCAGUCCUACUGCGCUCACUUUCCCUUUGUCCUCGUUUGGGCCUUUUACCCCUCGGGGCUAAACAUUUAAUGAGCACAUUCCUGGUUAGAAAUUCCCAUUGUGUCUGUCUGUCUGACUGAGGUGCCUGUCCGUUCCAGACAGACGCCUGGGGCAAUGAGAUCACUUCUAACAGGUAACUGUCUGACUUUGUUUCCUGGACGCCAGUGUUACCUGUGCUGAUUCAGAGCCACACUGCCAGGAUCCAAAGCAGUUAACACCACAAAGCUCAGGGCCCCUCUAGUGUUAGGGCCCAAAUCAUGUGACACCCAAAUGGCUCAUGGCCCCUGUACCGUUAGGGCCCAAAUCAUGUGACACCCAAAUGGCUCAUGGCCCCUGUACCGUUAGGGCCCAAAUCAUGCCAAAAAGACACAGGACUCCUGGUGCCACAACCCAAAUCAGCAACCUCCUAAAACAGACAGGACCCCCGUACUGCCAGGGCUAGUGCCCACUUUACCCAUUAUUUAUUGCCCACUCUGCAGGCACUAACGGGUUAAUUAGAGCAAGCAGGUACCGCAGCUAGGCAGAAUGAAUAGAUCUUUAAUUCAUUAAUUAGUAAUGCUCUAACUGGGCCUGUUUGUGCUACACUGCACUCUGUAACCAAGCUCCUAUUGGGAGAAUUCCUGCAGACUGAUUAUUAACAGAGCAGCCAUCUUAUUCUCAGUCUGGCUUGUUGAGAAUUUACCUGAAAAUGCUUUUUUUUUUUUUUUUUUUUUUUUAGAGUUUGGCCAUUCGUGCUUAAAAAUGUGCAAUUUCUUUAAUAAAUCACACCAUAAAAUCAGAGCACUCUGUGUGUCACAAAUUUCCUAAAACGUGUUUGAUUCCGCCCCAUAAAUCCCUUCAAAGACGCCGGUUUUCCUCGUCUCCUAUUUACACUUUUUAUUAAACUGCAGGUGAAAGACUAAUUCAAAAACAUUUUUCAUUUGAGGAAUUUAAGAAGUGAGAUCAAAUAUCAGCCUCUUGGUUUCAAUCACGCCCUUUUCCAUAGCGUGAAUACACAUUACGUAAUUGGCUGGUAAUGGAACCCAGAGCGCUGUCCGCAAUACUGCGCAUAUGACACUCAUUAUCUGGUACCUAUAGACAGAGGAACCCAGUCAGACAAGCAGCGGCCGUUAAACCCAUAUUGAGCAAAGCAGUCAUUACAAAUAACCUACUGAAUUCCACCAUUAGAUAUCUUUUGCCCAAAAUGUGCAGUUUUGUUCUCAAUUCUCGGUUUAGUGAAGUCGUGCGAUUUCCUGUGAAAUUCUGUAAAAUGGUUGUGUCACCCGAGAGAACGUUUGCUGCGAGCUUGGGUCAAUCAAGCAAUGAUUUGUAACGAAAUGAAAACUGAAUCGAGGCAGAAAACAUUGAUUUAGAAAACAAUCUUUCAAAUCACAGCUCGCAGUUUACUCGUGUUGUCUUUGUUAGUCUCUGGUGACGAUUAUUCUCUGAAUAGUGAAUUGAAAGCCAAACAUCCAAAUUUAGACAAAACAUACGAUUGAUUUGCAAAAUGUCUCCCAACUCACCCAAAGUCACAGUUUGAAAAUUUUAGCCUGAAUUUUGUGAUUUAGUUUACAGAAUAAAUGUUGUUGAGUUGACCGUAAAAUCAAACAAAUUAAAAUGACCAGCUCUGUACUGUGAUACAUUGUGAGCGGCUGUGAGAGGCUUGUGUUUUUAACAGUAAGUGUGAGAGGAUAUUAGAAUUUGAACUGUUUACACAAAUGCUGUUUAAUUGUGAAAUGCUGUUAAGAGCUGGUUUGACUAAUCCGUUGCAUUAACUAUUCCCGUGUGGGGGAUCAGGUUAGUGGACCUGGUUAAGCUGGAGCUUGUCCUACAUAAUGGUUAGUUUGUAGAAGGUAAGUCUGCUGGCUGCCCCAGGCCGGGGUAGGUCAUUGUGGGCAGCAGGGGAUUAGCUGGUAACGAGAAUGUGUUGGAAGCUCAGGAAGUUAAUUUAUAUACAGGAUAUAUAAGCUGGCCGCCCCUUCAAUCUACGAGUCUCUGGCUAUUGUUUAAAUGAUGCUUAGAGACCAGCCUAACUCAGCACAAUGCUGUCUGAUUUAAAGGGACAGCAGACCCCUCCCGGCCUUACCCAUGGGGGGUUUAUCCUACUGUGCACAAGCGGUGGUAUUAAUGCUACAUUCUCAGGGUUAUUUAGUAAAGGGAUAGUCGGGAAUUGGAUACAUUCUGCAUGCCAGCUAUGCUUCCAAUUUCACUAUUUGUUUUGCUCUAAAAUGUGAAAUUCAGUUGAAAUUAACUUUGAAUUCCUGAUAAUUCCUCUGGCUCUCAUUGACUCCACGGAUCUCUAUUCAAAACAUCACCAUCCUUCAAAGCAACUACAGGGUUAGUAAAGGUUGGUACAAUCUGAGGAGGUCAGGGUACAUGGUGUGAACAUACCGACACAUACGUGUUUGGUACAUGGUGUGACAGGAACAUACAGACACAUACAGGUUUGGUACAUGGUGUGACAGGAACAUACAGACACAUACAGGUUUGGUACAUGGUGUGACAGGAACAUACAGACACAUACAGGUUUGGUGCAUGGUGUGACCGGAACAUACAGACACAUACAGGUUUGGUACAUGGUGUGACCGGAACAUACAGACACAUACAGGUUUGGUACAUGGUGUGACCGGAACAUACAGACACAUACAGGUUUGGUGCAUGGUGUGACCGGAACAUACAGACACAUACAGGUUUGGUACAUGGUGUGAACAUACAGACACAUACAGGUUUGGUACAUGGUGUGACAGGAACAUACAGACACAUACAGGUUUGGUACAUGGUGUGACAGGAACAUACAGACACAUACAGGUUUGGUACAUGGUGUGACCGGAACAUACAGACACAUACAGGUUUGGUACAUGGUGUGACCGAAACAUACAGACACAUACAGGUUUGGUGCAUGGUGUGACCGGAACAUACAGACACAUACAGGUUUGGUACAUGGUGUGAACAUACAGACACAUACAGGUUUGGUACAUGGUGUGACAGGAACAUACAGACACAUACAGGUUUGGUACAUGGUGUGACAGGAACAUACAGACACAUACAGGUUUGGUACAUGGUGUUACAGUGACAGGUACGGUGUACGUAAAACAUGUGAAUUCAUUUAGACAGUUAUACAUUUAGUACCUACAGUUAGAGAGAGCUAGGUAUAGGAGGACGGGGUAUACAGUAGUUAUAGCUAGGUAUAGGAGGACGGGGUAUACAGUAGUUAUAGCUAGGUAUAGGAGGAUGGGGUAUACGGUAGUUAUAGCUAGGUAUAGGAGGACAGGGUAUACAGUAGUUAUAGCUAGGUAUAGGAGGAUGGGGUAUACGGUAGUUAUAGCUAGGUAUAGGAGGACGGGGUAUACGUUGGUUAUAGCUAGGUAUAGGAGGAUGGGGUAUACGGUAGUUAUAGCUAGGUAUAGGAGGACAGGGUAUACAGUAGUUAUAGCUAGGUAUAGGAGGACAGGGUAUACAGUAGUUAUAGCUAGGUAUAGGAGGACGGGGUAUACAGUAGUUAUAGCUAGGUGUAGGAGGAUGGGGUAUACGGUAGUUAUAGCCAGGUAUAGGUGGACGGGGUAUACGGUAGUUAUAGUUAGGUAUAGGAGGAUGGGGUAUACGGUAGUUAUAGCUAGGUAUAGGAGGACGGGGUAUACAGUAGUUAUAGCUAGGUAUAGGAGGACGGGGUAUACAGUAGUUAUAGCUAGGUAUAGGAGGACGGGGUAUACGUUAGUUAUAGCUAGGUAUAGGAGGACGGGGUAUACGUUAGUUAUAGCUAGGUAUAGGAGGACGGGGUAUACGGUAGUUAUAGCUAGGUAUAGGAGGACGGGGUAUACGGUAGUUAUAGCUAGGUAUAGGAGGACGGGGUAUACGGUAGUUAUAGCUAGGUAUAGGAGGACGGGGUAUACGGUAGUUAUAGCUAGGUAUAGGAGGAUGGGGUAUACGGUAGUUAUAGCUAGGUAUAGGAGGACGGGGUAUACGGUAGUUAUAGCUAGGUAUAGGAGGACGGGGUAUACGGUAGUUAUAGCUAGGUAUAGGAGGAUGGGAGAUGUGGUAGUUAAAGGUGGGUACAGGAUGGCAGGUAUGUAGUAGUCAUGCCGUAGUGUACACCGGGUGAAUGUAUUGCGUUUGUAUGUAUUGCGUGUCUAUGUCUGUCUCACGGUUCUCAUAAUUCGCUCUCACUCAUACCCCCCCAGGGCAGCUCUCUCACCGUCUGCCAAGACUUCAAUUAUCCUUCCCCCUCCCCCUCCCUCCCCAGGCACCUGGAUGCAGACACACCUGUACUGUGUCAUCUCCAAUGUCUGUCCCAUAAGUUUACCGAGGGGCUGUGUGUGCACUCUAUCCUGGGAUAUCUCCACUCUAUCCGGGGAUCCCUGCACCCCACACACUCUAUCCGGGGAUCCCUGCACCCCACAAACUCUAUCCGGGGAUCCCUGCACCCCACACACACUCUAUCCGGGGAUCCCUGCACCCCACACACUCUAUCCGGGGAUCCCUGCACCCCACACUCUGGGGAUCCCUGCAUUCUCUCUUGUGGUCUCUGCAUUUUAUCUGGGUAUCCCUAUGCCACCUGCACUCUCUAUGAGGAUGCCCACACCCCCUGCACUCUCUCUGUGAAUCCCUGCACUCUCUGUCCUGGGAUCCAUGCACUCUCUAUGGGGAUCCCUGCCCUCCAUGUUCUGGGGAUCCCUGCAUUCUCUCUGUGGAUCCCUGCACUCUCUGUGUGAAUCCCUGCACUCUUUGUCCUGGGGAUCCCUGCACUCUUGUCCUGGGGAUCCCUGCACUCUUGUCCUGGGGAUCCCUCCACUCUCUCUGGGGAUCCAUGCACUCUCUCUGGGGAUCUCUGCACUCUCUCUGGGGAUCCCUGCACUCUCUCUGGGGAUCCAUGCACUCUCUCUGGGGAUCCCUGCACUCUCUCUGGGGAUCCCUGCACUCUCUCUGGGGAUCUCUGCACUCUCUCUGGGGAUCUCUGCAGUCUUGUCCUGGGGAUCCCUGCACUCUCUCUGGGGAUCUCUGCAGUCUUGUCCUGGGGAUCCCUGCACUCUCUCUGGGGAUCCCUGCACUCUCUCUGGGGAUCCCUGCACUCGUUACACAGAAGCACAGAAUACCUGUUAGUGUGAAUAAUAUUUAACAUACUUUAAAAAAAAAAAAAAAAAAUGUAAUUAUAGAAUUUUAUUAGCGAUCAGUCCAAUAAAACACAGCUCUUAUACUCCCCAUUCUAAUAAGGAUGCAGCCAGUAAUCCUGGGAUAUAAAACGUGUGCCCGCAUUAACACGUGUGGCUGGCAGAAACUACAAUAAGAAUCAGAACUAACUAAGAAUGCGGCUCGGUGGGUGCAGCGCGCUCCGAAAUCGACGCAUCAGGGAAUUUAGUUAUGUUUUCCACUGACAGUAAAAUUCACUAUUUAUCACUUUUGUUCUUUCUCUCGCAUUACUUUUUAUAUUGGAUUCCGUUUAUUAAUAUUUAUUCUGUAUUUUGGGGGGCUCUUACAUCCCGUUUAUUUUAGAAAGUGAGGUAAAAUACACAUAAUAAGAAUUCAGUAGAGAAAGUUUAUCAAAGGGAGUUGAAUAGUGUCUUUUUCAGGGAGUUUUUGUAUUCUGUGAGCGUCCUGCUGCGCGUUCUACGUUAUUAAAAAGUUUUUAUUCUGUGAUUGUCGUGCCGCGCGUUCUACGUUAUUAAAAAGGUUUUUUUAAUUCUGUGAGCGUCCUGCUGCGCGUUCUACGUUAUUAAAGAGUUUUUCUUCUGUGAGCGUCCUGCCGCGCGUUCUACGUUAUUAAAGAGUUUUUUAUUCUGUGAGCGUCCUGCCGCGUGUUCUACGUUAUUAAAGAGUUUUUAUUCUGUGAUUGUCGUGCCGCGCCUUCUACGUUAUUAGAGGCUUUAUUCUGUGAGCGUCCUGCCGCGCAUUCUACGUUAUUAAAGAGUUUUUGUUCUGUGAGUGUCCUGCCGCGCGUUCUACGUUAUUAAAGAGUUUUUUAUUCUGUGAGCGUCCUGCCGCACGGUCUAUGACAACAUAAACCUGGUGUGCGGAUUCGCUAGAAGAUAAAGAUUUUUUUUGUUGAAGAUAUUAAUAAAUGGGGUGCAUUUCAGAAAUAUCAACACAAAAGAAAACAUGGUGGAAAGAUGUAAUGGUAAUAAAUAAUGGAAAAUAAAUCACAGCCGAAACACUUUGAUAAAUCACCCCUUUACCGUACACAAAAAACCUGUUACAAUAUAUAGAGGAGAAGAAAGACUACUAUUACAAAAUAUCCUAGUCAUUGGACAAGGUCACUGUAUCCCCCUGCCAAGUGGCACAGAGCUGCCCAAAAAUCACCAAGAUCAUUAUCAUAGAGCCCCUCCCACUCAGGCUGGUCUGUAUAAUAAAGCCCCUCCCACUCAGGCUGGUCUGUAUAACAAAGCCCCUCCCACUCAGGCUGGUCUGUAUAACAAAGCCACUCCCACUCAAGCUGGUCUGUAUAACAAAGCCCCUCCCACUCAUGCUGGUCUGUAUAACAAAGUCCAUCCCACUCAAGCUGGUCUGUAUAACAAAGCCCAUCCCACUCAAGCUGGUCUGUAUAACAAAGUCCAUCCCACUCAGGCUGGUCUGUAUAACAAAGCCCCUCCCACUCAGGCUGGUCUGUAUAACAAAGCCCCUCCCACUCAAGCUGGUCUGUAUAACAAAGCCCCUCCCACUCAGGCUGGUCUGUAUAACAAAGUCCAUCCCACUCAAGCUGGUCUGUAUAACAAAGCCCAUCCCACUCAGGCUGGUCUGUAUAACAAAGUCCAUCCCACUCAAGCUGGUCUGUAUAACAAAGCCCCUCCCACUCAGGCUGGUCUGUAUAACAAAGUCCAUCCCACUCAAGCUGGUCUGUAUAACAAAGUCCAUCCCACUCAGUUAUGUUACUAAAUACCACAAGUCACCUGGUAUCUUACUAAAUACCACGAGUUACCCCGUAAGUUACUAAAUACCACAAGUCACCCUGUAUGUUACCAAAUACCAUGAGUUACCCCAUAUGUUACCAAACACCACAAGUUACCCCGUAUGUUACUAAAUUCCACGAAUUACCCCGUAUGUUAUUAAAUACCACGAAUUACCCCGUAUGUUAUUAAAUACCACGAAUUACCCCGUAUGUUACUAAAUACCACAAGUUACCCCGUAUGUUACUAAAUACCACAAGUUACCCCGUAUGUUAUUAAAUACCACAAAUUACCCCGUAUGUUAUUAAAUACCACAAAUUACCCUGUAUGUUACUAAAUACCACAAAUUACCCUGUAUGUUACUAAAUACCACAAAUUACCCCGUAUUUUACUAAAUACCACGAGUUACCCGUAUGUUACUAAAUACCACUAAUUACCCGUUAUGUUACCAAAAACCAUAAGUUAAAGUAAAGUAGUGAUUAUAGCUCCCAAUCCCCCAAACAUGAGUCGAGACUUCAUGAAGGGGUAAAACGAUCUGCUUUAUUGAUGGCCAAACUUAGCCCUUUUAUGAUGGUCUCUCAGUAAGGUAACUCCCACAUGGGACCUUGUGGAAGACUGUGACAAAAUAUACAGAGCCAAUCAGUAUACAACACAAAAGUUAAACACACCCACAGUAACAGUGCAACCCCUCCUUUCUAUCCUGGAGAUAAUUAACUUAAGUGGUGGAAGAGAACCUAAUUAUCUCCAGGUAGAGAAAAACAUGUCCUUUUUAUAUUUUAACAAAACAGUAUUAAAAUCCAUAACUUAUAUUUCGCCGAACGUAGUCUCUAUGUUCCACAUACCCCCAGAUAGCUUGGAUCUGAGCGCACAUUAUAGCCGAAUAGCGCUCAGAUCCCACGAACACAGGUCUCAAUAUCGUCGAGUGAAGUUUUAAUUCACCGGUUGUUCGCGAGAUUGAAUCCGAAAAGAGUUCCAUAACUGUAGCUAUCUGGGGUCGGUCUAUUUCGUAUAAUAUAAUACAAGUGUUCAAUGUAUUCGUGAGUUUUUAGCCGGAUGAACGGGGACCAUGGUACGCGCCAGCGGUGGUCGGCUGAGUAAGUGUCUGAAAAUAGUUCCAGAGAAUCGCCGCCAUGCCCCGCUGAGCGUUCAACGAUUUUAAAAUGUUCAGCAAACGAACGUGGACCACCAAGCCUUUCCUCAAUUACCCUGCGGUUAACCGCAAGGUCUGGGCGGUAAAUGAGCUGCACACGAUCUCAGUGGGAGGUCGGAAGAUUCGGUAGUUUGUUCGGUUUAUUGCAACAGCACGAAAUAGCCAUCCAUACGAAUAAAUAGCCAAAAGGCUGUUUCUUUGAGUCUGUUCAAACAGGGAUUUCGUUACAGUUACCAAAUACCACAAGUUACCCCGUACGUUACUAAAUACCACGAGUUACCCCUUAUUUUACUAAAUACCACUAAUUACCCGGUAUGUUACUAAAUACCACGAGUCACCCAAUAUGUUACCAAAUACCACGAGUUACCCUGUAAGUUACUAAAUACCACAAGUCACCUGGUAUCUUACUAAAUACCACGAGUUACCCUGUAAGUUACUAAAUACCACAAGUCACCUGGUAUCUUACUAAAUACCACGAGUUACCCCGUAAGUUACUAAAUACCACAAGUCACCCUGUAUGUUACCAAAUACCAUGAGUUACCACAUAUGUUACCAAACACCACGAGAUACCCCGUAUGUUACUAAACACCACUAAUUAACCAGUAUGUUACCAAAAACCAUAAGUUACCCCGUAUGUUACUAAAGACCACGAGUUAUCCUGUAUGUUAUUAAUACCACGAGUUACCCUGUAUGUUAAUAGCACAAGUUACCCUGUAUGUUAAUACCACGAGUUACCCAUAUGUUACUAAAUAUCACGAGUUACCCUGUAUGUUAUUAAUACCACGAGUUACCCUGUAUUUUACUAAAUACCACUAAUUACUUGGUAUGUUACCAAAUACCACAGGUUACCCCGUAUUUUACCAAAUACCACGAGUUACCCCGUAUUUGACUAAAUACCAGUAAUUACCCAGUAUGUUACUAAAUACCACGAGUUACCCCGUAUGUUACCAAAUACCACACGUUACCCCGUAUGUUACCAAAUACCACGAGUUACCCCGUAUAUUACCAAAUACCACGAGUUACCCGGUAUGUUACUAAAUACCACGAGUUACCCCGUAUGUUACCAAAUACCACAAGUUACCCCGUAUUUUACCCAAACUUCUACCAGUCCCAUCACCCGUAGCCAGUAUACACUGUAACAUCACAGGAAGAGACCACCACGUCUAAAAGAUAUUUUAUAUAAAAUAUAUUUUUGUGAGUAUUAUGACUGCUGUAAAUCUCCAUGCGGUCAAUGUGAAACUCUCCAUGCCUGUCCAAUGCUGCGUGUAUUGUGGAUUGGCAAGUGUUCUAUCCGAUAAGAUAUACUUACAAACCACUUUCCCUCUGACUCCCACACCUGCUCUGUGUAUAUACCGGUAAGAGAGAUAACACAACUACGUCACUUCGUCACUAACAAACCCCUCUGCCCUUGUCCCGAGACACGCCGGCGUUUAAUGUUCAAUAUUUACUAUCUAAAUAAUAUCUUAGCUUUCCAUUAGCAGUCUGCAAAUAUGCUCAGGGUACCAGCAGUGCCAGGCUCACAUACACAUCUCUACACCAUGCUGUAUAUACAGCAAGACAGUGGCAGUGCCAGCCUCCCCUCACACACUACGCCAUGCCAUGUAUACACAGCAAAGGUACAGCACAGACAGCGGCAGUGCCAGCCUCCCCUCACACACACUACUACAUCAUGCCAUGUAUACACAGCACAGGUACAGCACAGACAGCGGCAGUGCCAGCCUCCCCUCACACACUACUACAUCAUGCCAUGUAUACACAGCACAGGUACAGCGCAGACAGCGGCAGUGCCAGCCUCCCCUCACACACUACUACACCAUGCCAUGUAUACAAAGCACAGGUACAGCACAGACAGCGGCAGUGCCAGCCUCCCGUCACACACUUCUACACCAUGCCAUGUAUACACAGCACAGGUACAGCACAAACAGCGACAGUGCCAGCCUCCCCUCACACACUACUACACCAUGUCAUGUAUACACAGCACAGGUACAGCGCAGACAGCGGCAGUGCCAGCCUCUCCUCACACACUACUACACCAUGCCAUGUAUACACAGCACAGGUACAGCGCAGACAGCGGCAGUGCCAGCCUCCCCUCACACACUACUACACCAUGCCAUGUAUACACAGCACAGGUACAGCGCAGACAGCGGCAGUGCCAGCCUCCCCUCACACACUACUACACCAUGCCAUGUAUACACAGCACAGGUACAGCACAGACAGCGGCAGUGCCAGCCUCCCCUCACACACUACUACACCAUGUCAUGUAUACACAGCCCAGGUACAGCGCAGACAGCGGCAGUGCCAACCUACCCUCUUACACACAGUACACCAGGCCAUGUAUACACAGCACAGGUUAACCGCAAACCGCAAGUUCCUGGUGGUCGACCGUUUGGUUGUUUGAAAGGUGAAAAAGGUUAAGUGGUGGCACAUGCCAGGGCCUGGGUGGUUUUACUUCGUGUGUGCGAAUAUAGGAUCCUGAUGGUUCGUGUAAUUGAGUUUAUACAACAAGGGUACCGAAGGGAACGGCAUUUGGUAACAUAAAAUAAAGAGAACCAGUACUGGUCUGUAGAGCAUCUGUAACAGUGCUCCCUCCUAGUGGAACACUCUGGCAGACACCGUCUGGCCCCUCAUCGGGGCAGACUAAGGCUGUCCAGACUGGUGGGUUAUGCGGGAAUGAGGUCGGUUCGUCGAGAUAAUCCAUCUGCAUUGCCGUUUUGUUUUCCGGGUCUAUAUGUGAUGGUAAAAUUAAAAGGUUGUAGUGAUAAGCUUCAACGUAAGAGCCUGCCGUUAUCCCCAGAAACCCGGUUUAACCACACCAGCGGGUUAUGGUCGGUCACCAGCGUGAAUUCUUGUCCAUAUAAGUACGGAGUCAGUUUCUUUAGUGCCCACACUAGGGCCAAGCACUCCUUUUCCACUGCUGCAUAGCUGACUUCGUGUGGCAGGAGCUUUCGGCUGAUGUUGGCAAUCGGGUGCUCCCCUCCGUCUUCUCCUAUUUGGCUGAGGACUGCCCCCAUCCCGAACAUGGAAGCGUCUGUAUGGACAAUGAAACGUUUGUUAGGGGCUGGGGCAGCCAAAACGGGAGCAUUAACAAGAGCAUUUUUGAGGGCUUGAAACACCGUUUCACAGUGGGGAGACCACAGGACCUGUUUCUCUUGGUCAGGUCCGUCAGGGGCUUAGCUAUGGUACUGUAGUCUGGCUCGAAACGUCUAUAGUAUCCCUCAGUGCCUAGGAAGGCUAGGAACUGGGUCUUAGUGGUGGGGGUGGGGCAGUUGGCGACCGCUUCUAUUUUAGCUGGCUCGGGUCGCUGUUUUCCACACCCCACUCGGUGACCCAGGUACUGCACCUCAGCCAUUCCAAAAUGCCAUUUUUCUGGCUUCAGAGUCAGGCCGGCGGCCUGAAUCUGAUCCAGAACCAUUCCUACAUGAGCUAAGUGUUCCUCCCAGGACUCACUGUGGAUCGCUAUGUCUUCCAGAUACGCGCAGGCAAAAUCCUGGAAGCCAUCCAGGAGUCUAUCCACCAAGCGCUGGAAUGUAGCAGGGGUAUUCUUCAUCCCGAAUGGCAUAACCUUAAAGUAGUAUAAGCCUAAGGGGGUGAUGAAUGCCGACUUAGGGAUAGCCUCCUGGGCCAGGGGAAUUUGCCAGUACCCCUUACAGAGGUCAAUGGUGGUUAGAUACUUUCCCCUGGCUAUACCGUCAAGUAGCUUGUUGACUCUGGGCAUCGGAUAGGUGUCUGUUACCGUUUUACCGUUAAGCUUCCUAUAAUCCACACAGAACCGGGUGGUCCCGUCUUUCUUAGGGACUAGAACCACCGGGGACGCCCAGGGACUGUUGGAUGGCUCAAUCACCCCUAGUCUAAGCAUCUCCUCGAUUUCUGUUUUCAUUCCAGCCCUCACGGCUUCAGGAAUUCUAUAGGGAGUCUGUCGGAGGGGUUGCUGACCUGGGGUGUCUACCUGAUGUGUGGGUAGGUGAGUGUACCCAGGUUCUUGGGAGAAUGUAGUUUGUUUAACAUGGAGUAACUGGCGGAGUUGUUCCCUUUCUCCGUCAUUGAGUCGGUCUCCAAUCUGGACCUGGGCCACUAGGUUUGUGUGGGGGUUCCUUUCCAGCAAGUCUGGAAUAGGGAGAUUGUCUGGGUCCUUGUGAGGGGGAAUACAGAUAGCUGUCACAUUCUCGGGUUUCUCUAGAUACUCCUUGAGCAUGUUUAUAUGAAAGGUUUUUCUCAACAUUUCGUAAUGACAACUAGCGAUGGUGUAGGUAGUGUCCCCCUUCUUGGCUAUAAUCUGGUACGGACCUUGCCAGGCGGCUUGUAGUUAGUCUGUCUUGACUGGUUUAAGUACAAGUACCUUCUGUCCGAUAGUAAAGCUCCUUGCCCGGGCGCCUCGGUCAUACCAUACUUUCUGUCUCCUCUGAACUGACUGGAGAUUAGCCUGGAGCGACCUGGCUAAUUGCUCCAUUUGGUCUCUUAGCUCCAGCACGUAUGGCACGAUGGGGACCCCGGCAUUUUCAAUCUCUCCCUCCCAGUGCUCUCUGAUCAGGUUUAGGGGUCCCCUUCCCUGACGCCCGUAGAGCAGCUCGAAAGGCGAGAAUUCGGUCGUUUCCUGGGGCACCUCCCGGUAGGCAAACAGGAGGUGCGGGAGGAAGUGUUCCCAAUCCCUAUAUUCCUGAGCAAAGGUUUUUAGCAUCUGUUUAAGGGUCCCAUUGAACCUUUCACAGAGCCCAUUUGUCUGAGGAUGAUAGGGGGUGCUGAGGAGCGACUUAACCUUACAAACGUGCCAGAGCUGCUGUGUUAAUUCGGCAGUAAACUGAGUGCCUCUUUCGGAUAGUAUUUCCUUGGGAAAUCCCACCCGAGAGAAUAUCUGUACCAAAGCAUUGGCUACAGUGUCCGCCUGAAUGUUAGAUAGGGCCACUGCUUCAGGGUACCGGGUAGCGUAAUCUACUACGGUCAGAAUAUACCGUUUGCCGGAGGGACUAGGAGUAGCCAGUGGCCCAACUAAGUCGAAGGCAACUCUGCUGAAUGGCUCCUCUAUUAUGGGCAUAUUCAUUAAGUGUGCCUUAGGAUGGUCUCCCCUCCUCCCUACGUGCUGACACAUAUCGCAUGUGUUGCAAUGCGUCCUCACAUCUGCAUGAACCCCAGACCAGGAGAAGGUAUGGGUAAUAUGGCGAAGAGUGCGAGUUACCGCCAGGUGCCCUGCUAAUGGGAUAUCAUGUCCUAUCCUGAGUAUCUCCUGUCUGUAUUUGUACGGGACAACCAAUUGUUGCCUAUGUUGUCCCUUCUUUUCAGUUAACCGAUACAAUUUCCCUUUCUACCAUCUAAAAGUCUCGUUAUCUAGUCCCCCUCCCCCAGACUGGGCUUUUUCCCUAUACUUUUGUAGGGUCAAAUCAGAUUUGGAUUUGUGUUCAAAGGUGGCUGGAGUAUCCCAAGGUAUAGGAUCUAAUGGAGCAGUCAGGGUUGGAGUGAGUCUUACCUGUGGUUCCCGCACUGGUGAAUGUUCGGGCUGAUUCCUGUGCUCGGGUAGUCACUGGGUGUGUCUCUGCGUUAUAGACUGGGGCGUAAGCCAAGGUCAUCGGUCCAAAUCGUUGCCCAAUAGCACCUCUGCCGGUAAAUUAUCCAUAAUUCCAACGUUCACAGUGAACCUUGGUGGUCAGAAUUUUGUACACAUCUCCCCCAGCCACUCGAACGGCCACCGUCUGACCCGAACGCUUGUGUUUCGGCACCAGGUGGCUCUGCACUAGGGUUAUUGUAGCCCCAGUGUCUCUCAAUCCCUCAGUGGAGUGACCCUCGAGCCAUACUUUUUGCCUGUGAUGUUGGCGGUUGUCAGAGGCAGCGUACACAGGGUCAGCUUCAUGGAGGGGCCCCAGGUAUUCUUCCAUGGAACCCUCCUGGUUAACACAUAGUGCUCUGACGGACCGGGAUGAUCCCGCGGGAUUAUUGUAAUUUCGGGGGUUUUGGUGGUGACUGUUGAGGGGGCAACUCGCCAUGAGAUGUCCUGGUUGUUUGCACCGAAAACAGGUUGGCCGUGAGCGAUCGGUAGUAUGACCAUUCGGUGAUCCAAGAUGCCUAGUAGGUCCUGCGGGUAUGGGAGCCCUGAAGUCCGGUCGGGCCAUUCGGUAGUUCUCUCGGUGUUCCGCACGAAUGAUCGGUCGGUGGUUGUUGCUUUCGUGCAGCCGGGAAUCACAAUGUUCGUCAGCUAAUGUGGCGGCUUCUGUGAGGGUAGUGGGCCUACAAUCACGGAGCCAUUCUUUGCACUGUUGAUCCACCCCAUUUUAAAAAUGUUCUAAGAAAAAUAAUUGUAAUACCUCCUCACCCGUUACGGCUCGGCACCCUUUCAUCCAGUGAUCGGUUGCUCUUCUCUUCCGAUGGGCCCAUUCGGUAUGCGUAUCGUUCGGCUUCUUUUUCGUAUUCCUAAAUUGUCGCCGAUAUGUAUCUGGAGUGACUGCAUACCGUUGUAAUAAAGUGUCUUUAACCCAGUUAUAUUAUGUCACCUCCUCGGCAGACAGUGUUCUGAAUGCAUCUAGGGCUCGACCCGAGAGUUUCCCUGACAGUAUAGUGGGCCAAUCUCCGCUAGGGAUCCGAUGCAGCGCACAUUGUCUCUCAAAGUCGGCCAGAUAUUAGUCUAUUCCCAUUUCAUUUUCUAAAAAUGAUCGGAACGCUGCAUGGGGAAUCUUGGGCUUCCCAGCCCUUUCUGCUGGGUCCACCGCCAUCCUUGCAGCGGGGUUUUGCUGGGGUGCGCUUAAGUUGAUCUUGUGCUCUCUGGUCUCCCGGAUCUCCACAUCCACUUGUGCCAUAGUUUGCUGUAUCAGUUCCACGGUCUGGUUCAGGCCACACCAGGAGAGUCUCUCCCGGACAAUCCGGUUCUUUUCCUCGUUAGCGGACAUCGGAGCCCUUCGUCAUGGUUCGGUCAGCUUUGCGGUCAGCUCCCUCCUAGGUCGGUUGCUAGCGUUCCCACCUCGGCUUUCUAGUAGGUCCUUCAACGUGGUGCGCUUCAAUUUGUCGUAGGCCUCUCCAUCCGCUCUGUCUCUCCCCUAGGAACUCCAGGAAUAUCCCGCCGCUGCCACCAAUUGUUACGGUUACCCCCAGGCUAGCUGGAAGCUGGACCGCUUGGAUAGCCUGGAUCCACAGUGUUGAGAGAGAGAGAAGCGCCACUUCGGUAGUUAGUCCAUACGAAUCCUGUAAGUGUAGAGCAAUUCCACUAGCUCUAGUAUAGCUAGGAUACCCUUUUCCCCCACAAAACCAGUCGAGGCUGCGAUUUGAAGGUCAAGCAAGAACUGGAUUUAAUGGCACCUGGGCAUCGCUAUUUAUGCAAAAACCUCAGGUCCAGGGACAGCCCCCUCUGGACCUGAUGUGAUACAGGGACAUUACAAACAAUUGACCAAUAACAGUACACUGUAUCAUUUGAAAUAGUCACCGCCCAACUUGGAGAAACAGAUUUCAACGGUUAGGGCAAUUCAAUUAUCUCCAAGUGCCCAGAAUCCCACGUGUAACUUGAACAUACAAAACAGCAUAAAAAUACAUAUUUAUAACACUGUAUAACGCGUCUCCUAUAUUCUACCAUUCAUUAGAUAGCUCAGGUCUGAGCGCAUCAGAUGUGCGAAUAGCCCUCAGACCUCACGAACGGUAGAGCCAGUCCUUAGCAUACAAAGUCUUUUCGUGUUUCUUUGUCCCGAACACGAGAUGGCGGCCAUGUUUUCUGUCGGGGAAUAGGUGAGCGAGACCUGGCUCCAAAACCCCUGGAUCGAGGGACGGGUAGUGUGUGAUGCGAAUACCGCUCCAGGGAUGGUUGUCUCAGCCCUUCGUGGACAGAAUGCAGACCGCCCUGAAUGAGCAAUUAGCCUGCGGUUAACCGCAGCCCCAACAUUUUAAUUGGGGACACACGCCGGAGUACAGGGGGGUCCUCGUUCGGGAGUUUGAGUGCGGAGGAGUAGUAUACGAACGAGGCCACCCUGGGGCCCAUCAAUUACGUUUGUGGUUAACCGCAAACCGCAAGUUCCUGAUGGUCGACCGUUUGGUUGUUUGAAAGGUGAAAAAGGUUAAGUGGAGGCACACGCCAGGGCCUGGGUGGUUUUACUUCGUAUGUGCGAAUAUAGGAUCCUGGUGGUUCAUGUAAUUGAGUUUAUACAACAAGGGUACCAAAGGGAACGGCAUUCGGUAACAUAAAAUAAAGAGAACCAGUACUGGUCUGUAGAGCGUCUGUAACAACUACUACACCAUGCCAUGUAUACACAGCACAGGUACAGCGCAGACAGUGACAGUACCAGCUUCCCCUCACACACUUCUACACCAUGCCAUGUAUACACAGCACAGGUACAGCCCAGACAGCAGCAGUGCCAGCCUCCCCUCACACACUACUACACAAUGCCAUGUAUACACAGUACAGGUACAGCACAGACAGCGGCAGUGCCAGCCUCCCCUCACACACUACUACACCAUGCCAUGUAUACACAGCACAGGUACAGUACAGACAGCGACAGUGCCAGCCUGCCCUCACACACUACUACACCAUGCCAUGUAUACACAGCACAGGUACAGCGCAGACAACGACAGUGCCAGCCUCCCCCUCACACACUACUACACCAUGCCAUGUAUACACAGCACAGGUACAGCACAGACAGCGGCAGUGCCACAUUACUACACCAUACCAUGUAUACACAGCACAGGUACAGCGCAGACAGCGGCAGUGCCAGCCUCCCCCUCACACACUACUACACCAUGCCAUGUGUACACAGCACAGGUACAGCACAGACAGCGGCAGUGCCAGCCUCCCCUCACACACUACUACACCAUGCCAUGUAUACACAGCACAGGUACAGCACAGACAGCGACAGUGCCAGCCUGCCCUCACACACUACUACACCAUGCCAUGUAUACACAGCACAGGUACAGCACAGACAGCGGCAGUGCCAGCCUCCCCCUCACACACUACUACACCAUGCCAUGUAUACACAGCACAGGUACAGCGCAGACAGCGGCAGUGCCAGCCUCCCCUCACACACUACUACACCAUGCCAUGUAUACACAGCACAGGUACAGCGCAGACAGCGACAGUGCCAGCCUGCCCUCACACAUUACUACACCAUACCAUGUAUACACAGCACAGGUACAGCGCAGACAGCGGCAGUGCCAGCCUCCCCCUCACACACUACUACACCAUGCCAUGUAUACACAGCACAGGUACAGCACAGACAGCGACAGUGCCAGCCUGCCCUCACACACUACUACACCAUGCCAUGUAUAACAGCACAGGUACAGCACAGACAGCGGCAGUGCCAGCCUCCCCCUCACACACUACUACACCAUGCCAUGUAUACACAGCACAGGUACAGCGCAGACAGCGGCAGUGCCAGCCUCCCCUCACACACUACUACACCAUGCCAUGUAUACACAGCACAGGUACAGCAAGACAGCGCAGUGCCAGCCUGCCCUCACACACUACUACACCAUGCCAUGUAUACACAGCACAGGUACAGCGCAGACAGCCAGUGCCAGCCUCCCCUCACACACUACUACACCAUGCCAUGUAUAUACAGCACAGACAGCGCAGUGCCAGCCUGCCCUCACACACUACUACACCAGCCAUGUAUACCCAGCACACAGCACAGACAGCGGCAGUGCCAGCCUCCCCCUCACACACUACUACACCAUGCCAUGUAUACACAGCACAGGUACAGCACAGACAGCGGCAGUGCCAGCCUCCCCUCACACACUACUACACCAUGCCAUGUAUACACAGCACAGGUACAGCGCAGACAGCAGGCCAUGUGCCAGCCUCCCCUCACACACUACUACACCAUGCCAUGUAUACACAGCACAGGUACAGCGCAGACAGCGGCAGUGCCAGCCUCCCCUCACACACUACUACACCAUGCCAUGUAUACACAGCACAGGUACAGCACAGACAGCGGCAGUGCCAGCCUCCCCUCUCACACACAGUACACCAUGAUCUAUUUAGAUAACACAGCGCAGACAGCGGCAGUGCCUCUUUAUGUGAAUGCCUUGUGCCAUUAUAGUGCAUUCUGAUAUUGUGAAGAUAAUUCCUGACGUUUCAUUCUCUGUAUCCCUACAGUCAACCUUAUGAACACCAAACUGGAGACCUCGGAUCUUAAAUGGACUGUUUAUCCCAAAGACGACCCACAGGUAACUGCGUGUGUUCUUCUUUAAAAUGUCCCUCUGUCCCUUUAAUGUCUCCCGAUGUGGUCUGUGCUGUUAUAUUAUAAAUCCUGUUACUUUUCAUUACAUCUUCCCAAAUGUUUCUAUCUAGAGGAAAUUUCCAUUUUCUUGUUUCCUGAUGAGAAAGUUUCCAUUUUGUUUGAAGGAACACUAUAGUCUCCUAAAUUACUUUAGCUAAAUAAAGCAGUUUUAGUGUAUAGACCAUUCCCCUGCAAUUUCACUGCUCAAUUCACUGUCAUUUAGGAGUUAAAUCACUUUGUUUCUGUUUAUGUAGCCCUAGCCACACCUCCCCUGGCUAUGAUUGACAGAGCCUGCAAGAAAAAAACUGGUUUCACGUUCAAACAGAUGUAAUUUACCUUAAAUAAUUGUAUCUCAAUCUCUAAAUUGAACUUUAAUCACAUACAGGAGGCUCUUGCAGGGUCUAGCAAGCUAUUAACAUAGCAGAGGAUAAGAAAAUCUUAAUUAAACAGAACUUGCAAUAAAGAAAGCCUAAAUAGGGCUCUCUUUACAGGAAGUGUUUAUGGAAGGCUGUGCAAGUCACAUGCAGGGAGGUGUGACUAGGGUUCAUAAACAAAGGGAUUUAACUCCUAAAUGGCAGAGGAUUGAGCAGUGAGGCUGCAGGGGCAUGUUCUAUACACCAAAACUGCUUCAUUAAGCUAAAGUUGUUCAGGUGACUAUAGUGUCCCUUUAACCAAAUAGGUUUUUCACAAUUUCUCUAUCGGCAGCUUGUAGCUAUUUCCUGGUGUUCGUAGGUUAUUUCCUUUCCCGUUUCCUGGUAAUUUUUUCCAACUUCCUGUAGUUCAGAAGCUUCUUUGGGAAGUAUUUCAAUUUAUGUUAUAUUACUUGCUGUUUCCUGAAAAAAAGUAUUUUCCUUUUUCUGUUAAGGUAGCGAUUUGAGAUAGGGUUGUAGUCUCCUGGUCAGAUAAAGCUGUCCAUUUGUCAAAAAUGUCACCAAUAUUGUUUUCUUUCUUUUCUAAUAUCGUCUAACCCAGUUUUAUGGUUUUUAACACAAUUUGUGAGGAUCUAGUCUGAAGACCAAACUAAUGCUCCCUCUCAUGGAUACUAACUUUCUACGGCCAUUUUCUAGUUCUUGGCAAAUGGUGGACAAGGUUACCCCACUUCUUUCUGUUAAACUAUUUAUUUUUCCUGUUAGUAAACGAGUUGAGAGACUUUCCUGCUGGGCAUGAUCUUUUAAUUAUUAACAGAUAAUAGCUUGGAUUUAAUUUAGUUUUCGCUUUCCUGUACUCUUUUCUAGUGGGAUGAGAUGUCUGGUCUGGACGAGGAGCAGACACCAGUUCGAACCUAUGAAAUUUGCAAUGUCCACCUUUCUGGGCAGAACAACUGGCUCCGGACAAACUAUAUUCGCCGCGGUCCAGCCCGCUAUGUGUAUGUCGAGCUGACUUUCACAGUGCUGGAGUGCGCAUCUCUGGAACGUGCUGGCCGAUCAUGCAAGGAGACAUUUAAUCUGUACUACUACCCGUCCUCUACAGACUUGGCUAAUGACCACUUUCCACCUUGGAUGGAGAACCCAUGGAUCAAAGUGGACACUGUAGCUGCUGACUUCCUGGGAAGACGUGGUGCUCGUGGGGUCUCAACACGGCCUAAUGUCAAGACCUUGAGGUUAAGUGGACUUACAGGAGCAGGCUUCUACUUGGGAUUCCAAGAUCAAGGGGCUUGCAUGGCAUUGUUGGCUGUUCGUGUUUUUUAUCGGGUAUGCCCAUCUGUGGUGGCCUCACUGGCAAGAUUUCCUGAGACUGUGUCGGAAGGUCUGGUUGUGUCGGCAGAAGGAAACUGUGUAGAUGGAGCAGAAGGCUCUAUGGGGAGACGUCCCACCAUGUAUUGUCGUGAAGAUGGAGAGUGGGCCAAACCGGCAGCCGGGGAAUGUGUCUGCAUGGCUGGAAGGGAGGAGAAAGAGGGCCGCACAAAGUGUACAGGUGAGAGAAUGGAAAGGCCGGACAGAGGGAUAAUAGGCGUUCUGGAAAUUAGAUCAACUGAGACAUUACUAUAUGAGGGGACAUGGGGUGGAAGCAGAGGGAGGAAAUGUGUAGGUGAAAGAAAUAAAAUUCUGUUGCCUUAUUUCUAUGUAAUAGGAUAGGGGUAGAUGUUCUGUGCCUCGGAUUCCCCUAUUGAGUCUUCUGAGUUGAAGUCAAGCUGCAAUUCAUCUUCCGAGCUUCUUAAACUGAGUAACGUGUUACAGAGUUCCCAGGAUCUAGGUGUGUGUAAUAGGGGCUCUGGGUACCCUGGUCAGAUAUGGUGUUAUACUGAGGGUGGUGGGGUGUAUAGUGUAAUAGAGAGGUUGGUGGGCUGUAUAGUGUUAUAGAGAGGUCGGUGGUGGGCUGCAUAGUGUUAUAGAGAGGUUGGUGGGCUGUAUAGUGUUAUAGAAAGGUUGGCGGGCUGUAUUGUGUUAUAGAUAGGUCAGUGGGCUGCAUAGUGUUACAGAGAGGUAGGGGGUGGGCUGCAUAGUGUUACAGAGAGGUCGGUGGUGGGCUGUAUAGUGUUAUAGAGAGGUCAGUGGGCUGUAUAGUGUUAUAGAGAGGUCGGUGGUGGGCUGCAUAGUGUUAUAGAGAGGUCAGUGGGCUGUGUAGUGUAAUAGAGAGGUCUGUGGGCUAUAUAGUGUAAUAGAGAGGUCGGUAUAUAGUGUAAUAGAGAGGUUGGUGGGCUGUGUAGUGUUAUAGAGAGGUCGGUGGUGGGCUGUGUAGUGUAAUAGACAGCUCGGUGGGCCAAGGCUAUGUCGCUGCCCCUGUCAGUAGUGUUUGCACAGAGGUGUCACAGACAAAGGGAGGCAGGAAUGUCAGGUAUGUGGGGGGGAGGGGGCUGUGUGAAUGUGAGAGAUGAAAGGGGGAAGUUAAGUGAAUAUAAUAUUCUCCUCUUCAGCCUGGUCUCCUUUAACCCUUUACUGCCUGACCUCUGCAGAGUGAUUCUAUUAACCCCUUACUGCCUGACCUCUGCAGAGUGAUUCCAUUAACCCUUCACUGCCUGACCUCUGCAGAGUGAUUCCAUUAACCCCUUACUGCCUGACCUCUGCAGAGUGAUUCCAUUAACCCCUUACUGCCUGGCCUCUGCAGAGUGAUUCCAUUAACCCCUUACUGUCCGGCCUUUGCAGAUUGGUUCCAUUAACCGCUUACUGCCCGGCCUCUGCAGAUUGAUUCCAUUAACCGCUUACUGCCCGGCCUCUGCAGAUUGGUUCCAUUAACCGCUUACUGUCCGGCCUCUGCAGAUUGGUUCCAUUAACCGCUUAUUGCCCGGCCUCUUCAGAGUGAUUCCAUUAACCCCUUACUGUCCGGCCUCUGCAGAUUGGUUCCAUUAACCGCUUACUGCCCGGCCUCUGCAGAUUGAUUCCAUUAACCGCUUACUGCCCGGCCUCUGCAGAGUGAUUCCAUUAACCCCUUACUGCCUGGCCUCUGCAUAGUGAUUCCAUUAACCGCUUACUGCCUGGCCUCUGCAGAGUGAUUCCAUUAACCCCUAACUGCCUGGCCCCUGCAGAGUGAUUCCAUUAACCCCUAACUGCCCGGCCUCUGCAGGCCUCUGGCAUUAACCCUUUACUGCCAGACCUCUGCAGAUUGAUUCCAUUAAACCCUUACUGCCUGUCCUCUGCAGAGUGAUUCCAUUAAACCCUUACUGCCUGUCCUCUGCAGAGUGAUUCCAUUAAACCCUUACUGCCUGUUCUCUGCAGAGUGAUUCCAUUAACCCUUCACUGCCUGUCCUCUGCAGAGUGAUUCCAUUAACCCUUUACUGGCAGGCCUCUGCAGGGCCUUUCCAUUAACCAUUUACUGCCUAGUCUGUGGAGAAUCAUUCCUUUAAUAUUUUACUGCCUGGACUCCAUGGAGAGUCAUCAAUUUAACCCUUUACUGCAUGGUCUGCGGAUAAUCAUUCUUUUAACCCUUUACUGCGUGGUCAGCGUAUAAUCAUUCUUUUAACCCUUUUCUACAUGAACUCCAUGGAGAAUCAUUAAUUUAACCCUUUACUGACUGAGCUCUGCAUAUAGUCAUUCCUUUAAAUAUUUUCUGCUUGGAUUCUAAGGGGAUUUAUUCCUUUAACCCGUUACUGCCUGGUCAUUCCUUUAAGCCUUUACUGGCCUAAGGCCAUUGAGAAUAUUGACCACCUGUUUAAAGCACCCCGUAUUUCUAGACUAUAAAAUGGCUCAGCUACAGCCUGCCACCUCACCCCUGCAGUCCCCUAACGUAUCACUGGGUACAGCCCAUAAACCCACUAUAUUAGUGGCCCUAAUUGCCCCCUGCCCUCCCAUUCCAGACACCUCGGCUAGGGCAGUUUCGUUUGACACCUUCAGAAUGGGGGCACGGAGGGACCAGCACUACCACAGGCUCAGGAGAGGGUCCAGUAGGGAAUUACUCUGUAUGGAGUUUUAUUAAAACAAAUUAGUGGGAGGUUAAUUAUAACUAGCUGAUUGUCGAGCUGUCAGUGGGAAAUUGUAAUUGGUUACCAUGGUGACUGUGUCAAUCAACUAAGAAUUACAUUUUGAACCCAACCCCAGACAAAUGGUGGCAUGGUACAUUGUAUUGCUGUCAGGGAAAGGGUUAAACUCUUUAUAUUCUAUAUAUAGGGAUACGUAUUAAUCUAGAGCUGUUCCAAAGAGCUUACAGUCACAUUAACAACUCUUCAACCUGUAUUUACAGCCUGUCUAAUGGGAACGUUUAAGCCCACAGUGGGGGACAUGCCGUGUCAACCUUGUCCCCUUAACAGCCUUACAGCGGCCCCAGGGGCCACAGUGUGUAACUGCAAAACUGGGCAUUUUCGAGCUCCUGCAGAUCCCGCAACAGAUUCAUGUACCAGUAAGUAUUGUCUGCACUACCUGCACCCACUACUUGUAUCUGUGCGCACUACCUGCACCCCACUACUUGUAUCUGUACACACUACCCACCCCAAUACACACUACCUGCACCCCACAACCAAUCCCAAUACACACCACCUGCACCCCACUACCCAUCCUAAUAUGCACUACCUGCACCCCACUACUUGUAUCAGUACACACUACCUGCACCCACUACUUGUAUCAGUACACACUACUUGCACCCUACUACCCUUCCCAAUACGCACUACCUGCACCCCAUGACCCAUCCCACUACACGCACACCACUACUUGUAUCAGUACACACUACCUGCUCCCCCAGUACACAGUACCUGCAUCCCUCUUCCCAUUCCACUCUCUCUCCCUCUAUUUAUACCCCUCGCUCUCUCUCUAUUUAUAUCCCUCACUCUCUCUCCCUCUAUACCUCUCUCCCUCUCCCAACCUGUAAUUAUUCUUCUCUCACUCUUUCCCCAGCCCCUCCCUUGGCUCCUCGAAGUAUUGUAGCCCAUGUAAAUGGGUCUGUGGUGGACUUGGAUUGGAGUGAGCCACUUGAUUCUGGCGGACGGGGAGACUUGUACUAUGAAGUGCAAUGUCUGGAAUGUGCUGUGAAUGCACAGUGUAUACCUUGCACCCGACUCACCUUUUCCCCGCGCCCUAAUCGCCUGCUGGAGCGCAAGCUACGCGUAUCUGGGCUCCGACCAAGGAUGACUUACAAUUUCCGUGUGCUGGCACUAAACGGGGUGUCGGAACGAAGUGGAAUUGGAGCAAUGGGCGAGGAGCUCAAUGUUACCACCGACCGUGAUGGUAAGGCCCAGUCUUCUAAAUAUUCCAUGAAAUAUAAGUUCCUUGGGGGAGGGACUAACUCCUAAUGAUAAGCUGCAACCCACAGGAUAGGCUGUCAGAACAGCAACAACUGUCACUUUACACGUGUCCCCCUGGGCUGGCAAUAUACGUAUAACUGUGUGUUUCUCACUAGAAAUGAAUACGAACAGAUUGUCCUGAAAGAAUCGUCAGGACCCAGAUCUCACAGCUUCUCGAGCUAUCAAUAAUGCUACAUCUCUAUUACUAUAAUAAUAACAAUAAUAUAUAUAAUGUUACAUCCAUCACUCAAAUAAUGCACAUGUGUGAUGCAAGGACACAUUCAUUCACUUACAGUAUCGUUACUUUUUAUAAGACACAUUUAUUUUUUUUGUAGAUUAUAUAUGUUUCAUUUUAAUAGUCAUAUGAUUAAAAUUUGUUUGGUGUCACAGUUUGUGUAUUUUUCUUAUUUUAAUAAAAUAUCUAACAGGAAUCAUUACUGGAGUUAUACCCCUGCCAGCCUAUGUUCUCUGUAUCUAAUGUCUGCUAUCUCUCCAGUUCCCCUCCCAGUUUCCGGAAUCCAACAAAUGGCAGCAACAGAUACCUCACUCUACCUGCGGUGGGCGCCACCACCCCCACCCAACCAGCCCAAGGGCAAUAUCCUGGAUUAUGAGGUCAAAUACUAUGAAAAGGUGAUAACAUUAUUAUUUUGUUUUUUGGGGAAAUUUGAUGAAUGUGAUUAUUUAAUUGUUAUGGAAGAAUAUAUAAAAAUACUUUUACACAUUGUACAGGAAGAGUAGCGCAUAAUAGGAGAGUCACAAGUUCACCACAGUGCACAGAAAUUAGACACGUCUCCAUAAUAUCAGUAAAUGAUAACGCUGACAUUACAGUAAUAUCCGAUAAAUGAUAACGCUGACAUUACAAUAAUAUCCAGUAAAUGAUAACGCUGACAUUACAGUAAUAUCCGAUAAAUGAUAACGCUGACAUUACAGUAAUAUCGGAUAAAUGAUAACGCUGACAUUACAGUAAUAUCCGAUAAAUGAUAACGCUGACAUUACAGUAAUAUCCGAUAAAUGAUAACGCUGACGUUACAGUAAUAUCGGAUAAAUGAUAACGCUGACAUUACAGUAAUAUCCGAUAAAUGAUAACGCUGACAUUACAGUAAUAUCGGAUAAAUGAUAACGCUGACGUUACAGUAAUAUCGGAUAAAUGAGAACGCUGACAUUACAGUAAUAUCCGAUAAAUGAUAACGCUGACGUUACAGUAAUAUCUGAUAAAUGAUAACGCUGACAUUACAGUAAUAUCGGAUAAAUGAUAACGCUGACAUUACAGUAAUAUCCGAUAAAUGAUAACGCUGACGUUACAGUAAUAUCGGAUAAAUGAUAACGCUGACAUUACAGUAAUAUCCGAUAAAUGAUAACGCUGACAUUACAGUAAUAUCGGAUAAAUUAUAACGCUGAUCAAACAUUGGAAUUAUGCGAAGAGAUGAAGAAAGAUGGCUCCAUAUAAACUCUAUGGAUAAACUGCUGCUAUUUCAGCGUGAUUGUUUUACUGCGUUCUGGCACACAGAGCUCUGUAGGAAUCUGACACUGUAUGAUGGCCAUAAAGCAGAGGGGAAAUAUCUCAGGAGUGCAACAAAGCUUACUGGCACAUAUGUUCAUGUCUGUCAGACCCAAGAUUGUGUCCAGUCUACAAUUUAGUUCCAUCUUGGUGUAGAUAACAAUGCCCAAGUAACACCCACCAUGUUUCCCCACAGGAUCAAGAGAAACCCCUAAUAAUGUUCCUGAAGACCACAGCCAGUGAGGCUCGUCUGGUGGGACUUCGGGCCGGCACCCUGUAUGUGGUACAGGUGCGAGCGAGGACUGAAGCUGGGUACGGGGCUUUCAGUGGAGAUGCCUUAUUUCAAACCUUGUCACAUGGUGAGUACAGGCAUUAGGUGUUACCUUCUGAUAAAGGGCUGGUUAUUGAAAUGAUUUGACCACUUAUUCUUCUCUAGUGCAACUGUCUGGAUUGGUCUCCAGAGAUCUCUUAACUAGUCUUAUUAGGACAGAUAUAUUUUAUUAUUAUUAUUAUUAUAUAUAUAUGGGUAACUACAGAUCGGGCAGCUUAUUGUCCUCUGUUCUCAGCAUUGGGUAGUCGAUGAUACACACUCUUGUUGUCAUAUCACUGUUUCUCAAGCUUUUCCAAUUGGCCUUCUGGCCGCGAUGUGAUGUCUAAAUUGUGAAGUAUACAAUCAGCUCAAUAGCAGAAUAACUGCUUUAAUUGUAUCAUAAGAUAAUGGCUCCUGUAUUGAUUUACCCGGUAUGAUAAUGUGUUGUUUCUUUCCUUAGACCCAGAGAAAGCGCAGCCUCAGGUGGCGUUAAUUGCGGGGACAGCCGGUGUGGGCACGCUUCUUGUCAUAGCCGUUAUAAUAGUCGCCAUUGUGUGCGUACGGUGAGUACUGGGAUUUUACUCCUAUAGAAAGUCUGCAAACUCCAUGGGACAUUCCCAUUUUAAUAUAAAAUCAUAUCAAAUGGAACUUUUUUUUUAUCUGUGAAAAUGUUGUGUAUUGGUUUUGUCACACGAGACACGUGGGAAAACAAACAACGAAGGGAGGUAUGAUUUGUGUGUAUUUGGGUUCUGCAGGAAACAUGCAAUUAACAAGGAGACCGAGUAUAGCGACAAGCCUCCGCAGUAUCUCAUCGGACACAGUGAGUGUGUAUAUAGACCUAUAGCGGUCAUUCUGCUGUAAGAACUGGCCGCUUCUUAAUAGAACUCUUUCAAUCCUACUAACUGAUCACUCUCUGCUCUCUCUAAUACCAGAUCACUUCCUGCUCUCUCUAAUACCAGAUCACUUCCUGGUUGUCAUAUAUCUCUUCCUGUAAUAACUGAUCUCUUCCUGAUUUCCUAUUUUAAUUAGCUAUCUUUUCUGGUAAUAGGCAAUAUCUUCCUGUAAUUCCGAUCUCUUCCUGUUCAAAAAAAAAAAAUCUCUUCCCGUAAUAACAAAUCUCUUCCUGUAAUAACUGCUCUAUUCCUGUAAUAACAGAUCUCUUCCUGUAAUAACUGCUCUAUUCCUGUAAUAACAGAUCUCUUCCUGUAAUAAUCGAUUUCUUCCAGUAAUAAUCGAUUUCUUACAAUAUUAACUGAUCUCUUCCAAUAAUAACCAAUCUUCUCCUGUAAUAACAGAUCUCUUCCUAUAAUAACAGAUCUCUUCCUAUAAUAACCAAUCUUCUCCUGUAAUAACAGAUCUCUUCCUAUAAUAACAGAUCUCUUCCUAUAAUAACCAAUCUUCUCCUGUAAUAACAGAUCUCUUCCUAUAAUAACAAAUCUCUUCCUGUAAUAACAGAUCUCUUCCUAUAAUAACCAAUCUUCUCCUAUAAUAACAGAUCUCUUCCUGUAAUAACGGAUCUUUUCUUGUAAUAACAGAUGUCUUCCUGUAAAAACUGAUCUCUUCCUGUAAUUACCAACCUUUUCCUGUAAUAAAUUAUCUCUUCCAGUAAUAACCGAUCUUUACCUGUAAUAACCAAGCUCUUCCAGUAAUAACCGAGCUCUUCCAGUAAUAACCGAGCUCUUCCAGUAAUAACCGAUCUCUUCCUGUAAAAAAUGAUCUCUUCCUGUUAAAACCGAUCUCUUCCUGUAAUAAAAUAUCUCUGCUUGUUAUAACAGAUCUCUUCCUGUAAUAAAUUAUCUCUGCUUGUUAUAACAGAUCUCUUCCUGUGAUAAAUUAUCUCUGCUUGUUAUAACCGAUCUCUUCCUGUGAUAAAUUAUCUCUGCUUGUUAUAACAGAUCUCUUCCUGUAAAAAAUGAUCUCUUCCUGUUAAAACCGAUCUCUUCCUGUAAUAAAAUAUCUCUGCUUGUUAUAACAGAUCUCUUCCUGUAAUAAAUUAUCUCUGCUUGUUAUAACAGAUCUCUUCCUGUGAUAAAUUAUCUCUGCUUGUUAUAACCGAUCUCUUCCUGUGAUAAAUUAUCUCUGCUUGUUAUAACAGAUCUCUUCCUGUAAAAAAUGAUCUCUUCCUGUUAAAACCGAUCUCUUCCUGUAAUAAAAUAUCUCUGCUUGUUAUAACAGAUCUCUUCCUGUAAUAAAUUAUCUCUGCUUGUUAUAACAGAUCUCUUCCUGUGAUAAAUUAUCUCUGCUUGUUAUAACCGAUCUCUUCCUGUAAUAACAGAUCUCUUCCUGUGAUAAAUUAUCUCUGCUUGUUAUAACCGAUCUUUUCCUGUAAUAACCGAUCUUUUCCUGUAAUAAAUUAUCUCUGCUUGUAAUAACCGAUCUCUUCCUGUAAUAACCGAUCUCUUCCUGUAAUAACUGUAAGAAUAUGUUAUAAUUGUGCUGUUACAAAUAAUACUUUUCAUGUAUGUAUAUUUUUUCACCUGUUGUAUUACAGAUGCCAAGUUAUACAUUGAUCCUUUCACUUAUGAGGAUCCUAACGAGGCUGUUCGAGAAUUUGCUAAAGAAAUUGAUGUGUCUUAUGUGAAGAUUGAGGAGGUCAUAGGAGCAGGUGAGGGUUUUACAAGGAGAGUUCAAGCAAUGAGUUAAAGAGAAAGGAGUCUGGCAUACACAGUAACAAAGGGGUAGGAGAAAAUAGAAGACAGACACAUUAGAGGACAAGGCACAUCAGAUUACAUUUGGACUGGGUAAUGUGGGUGACGCUAAUGGCAGUUGGAUACAAUGGAAGGUGCAGAGGAUGUUGGAGGUCAGAGAUAAGAAAGAAAUGUUUAGUAAGGUAGGAGCUUACGAGCCUCAUUUUAGAUGUGAGCCAGGUGAGUAAAAGUGGUGGCAUAUCAUGAAGAGAAACUGGGGCAAGGGAAAGCAGAAUGACGAUGAUAGAUGCGAGAGUUGGCAAUGAUAGAUGUGGGAGUUGGCAAUGAUAGAUGUGGGAGUUGACGAUGAUAGCUGUGGGAGUUGGUGAUGAUAGAUGUAGGAGUUGGCGAUGAUAGAUGUGGAAGUUGGCGAUGAUAGAUGUGGAAGUUGGCGAUGAUGGAUGUGGGAGUUGGUGAUGAUAGAUGUGGAAGUUGGCGAUGAUAGAUGUGGAAGUUGGUGAUGAUAGAUGUGGAAGUUGGUUAUGAUAGAUGUAGGAGUUGGCGAUGAUGGAUGUGGAAGUUGGCGAUGAUGGAUGUGGAAGUUGGCGAUGAUGGAUGUGGGAGUUGGUGAUGAUAGAUGUGGAAGUUGGCGAUGAUAGAUGUGGAAGCUGGUUAUGAUAGAUGUGGAAGCUGGUUAUGAUAGAUGUGGAAGCUGGUUAUGAUAGAUGUAGGAGUUGGCGAUGAUGGAUGUGGGAGUUGGCGAUGGUAGAUGUGGGAGUUGGCGAUGGUAGAUGUGGGAGUUGGCGAUGGUAGAUGUGGAAGCUGGUGAUGAUGGACGUGGAAGCUGGCGAUGAUGGACGUGGGAGCCUGCGAUGAUGGACGUGGGAGCCUGCGAUGAUGGACGUGGGAGCCUGCGAUGAUGGACGUGGGAGCCUGCGAUGAUGGACGUGGGAGCCUGCGAUGAUCAAUGUGGGAGCCUGCGAUGAUCAAUGUGGGAGUUGGUGGUGAUCGAUGUUGAAGUUGACGAUGAUGGAUGUGGGAUCUGGUGAUGGUAGAUGUGGAAGUUGGCGAUGAUAGAUGUGGAAGCUGGUUAUGAUAGAUGUGGAAGUUGGCGAUGAUAGAUGUGGAAGUUGGCGAUGAUAGAUGUGGAAGCUGGUUAUGAUAGAUGUGGGAGUUGGCGAUGAUGGAUGUGGGAGUUGGCGAUGAUGGAUGUGGGAGUUGGCGAUGAUGGAUGUGGGAGUUGGCGAUGAUGGAUGUGGGAGUUGGUGAUGAUAGAUGUGGAAGUUGGCGAUGAUAGAUGUGGAAGUUGGUUAUGAUAGAUGUGGAAGCUGGUUAUGAUAGAUGUGGAAGCUGGUUAUGAUAGAUGUGGAAGCUGGUUAUGAUAGAUGUGGGAGUUGGCGAUGAUGGAUGUGGGAGUUGGCGAUGAUGGAUGUGGGAGUUGGCGAUGGUAGAUGUGGGAGUUGGCGAUGGUAGAUGUGGAAGCUGGUGAUGAUGGACGUGGAAGCUGGCGAUGAUGGAUGUGGGAGCCUGCGAUGAUCAAUGUGGGAGUUGGUGGUGAUCGAUGUUGAAGUUGGCGAUGAUGGAUGUGGGAUCUGGUGAUGGUAGAUGUGGGAGUUUGUCUCCCAGGAAUGUUUAGUGGUAUGGGGGUCAAUUUGGCUCUAGACUGGUAUGGUUGGAUUCACUUCAGUUGAGGUUAGAACAUGAAUAGUGAAGAGAAGACACUGCAGCCUCUCCUGACCCCCAUUUUAACUCUUUUUAGGGGAAUUUGGGGAAGUGUGCCGUGGACGCCUGAAGGUGCCAGGGAAGAAAGAAAACUAUGUGGCGAUAAAAACCUUAAAAGGCGGGUACACGGAGCGCCAGCGCAGAGAAUUCCUCAGUGAGGCGAGCAUCAUGGGGCAGUUUCAGCACCCAAACAUUAUCCACCUGGAAGGAGUAAUUACUAAUAACUGCCCUGUAAUGAUCAUCACAGAGUACAUGGAGAAUGGAGCCCUCGACUCAUUCCUCAGGGUGAGUGUGCAUUGUGUAUGUGAGCAAAUAUUCACCGUCCUUUAACCUGUAACAAAAAGAGAAAGUAAUGUUACCCAUUGGAUGAGCUUAAUAAUAGAAGGAAAUGGCUCUAGAGAGAGCUGCUGGGGAAGGCAUUGUGAAAAGCCAUGUCUUCAGUUUGUCCCAAAGUGUGGGAGAAUCCUCAGUUUCUAUGAUAUCUAUGGGUAAGAUGUCUACGGGUAGGGUGGUUUGAGAUCAAGCUCCUCUUUUUGACUUUUGUGUCACUUCUAGUUGAUACGUGCUGCUGUUGGGCACCUAAUGUGUCUGGAGGGGGUCACCUAAUACAUACGUGUGCUGUAGGCAGUGUUCUGAAGUGCUCUAGAGUUCUCUGAGGAUUGUGUGAAGAGCUAAUUGCCCCAUGUUUGGUGUGGAGUCUGUUCAGUUUCUUUAAGCUUGGCUAAGAUGUAGUCCAGUCUUAGUACUUCCUAAAAGCAAGAAGAAAAGAGUUUCUAGUCUACUAACAGAAAAUACAUGGCCAUACCAUCAGUGGUUUGACAAGUUUGAGGUUCUCCUAGUCCUCUAAAUGGCCUAUACACCAAAUCACACAGAGCCCUCAACGUUGAGUUAGUUUUGCUUCCACGUGGCCAUAGUGAGUGUUUCUUGUUUAACGUCAGACAUAAGUAUAUUAUCUGCUGGUGGACAAGGGGAGCGAUAGAGCAGAACUGGGGUCCCCCAACUAUAUCUUUGUUUUACAGCUCUGUGGAAUAUAAUGGCACCUUACAAAUAAUGAUCUAUUUAUUCAUUCUCGCAGCAAGUAUAAUAAAGAUUACGGUUAGGUGAAAUAAUGCAGGACAGACAGAUCCCGGAGCUCUGAAUGACUCUGGGAAUUGAUUGACUUCAUAGAGAACUGUUUGUUCUUUACUAAAACGUAGCAUAAAGUAAACAGACAAAUCACUUGCUUUCUGUCUGCAAUAGAUUUGAAUGGCUUUAAGCUUAUCUCGCACAACAUUACAGAGCAUACGUUCUCACGUUAAACAGGCUGCAUGUUCUCUGAUGACAGUAAUUGGCAUGGCUAAACGUUGAGGAGUUGAUUUAAUUCCGUCUGGACUUUGUUGUGGGGCUGAUUUGUAAACUCAAAGCCACGUACAGAUUUUGAAAUCAUUAUUGCCUCCAGCCUCCAAUUAAGAACCUCCAGCUCCAUGAAUGUUUGCUUGUAAUGUGCCAAAAUAAUUUGAAAUAAGUGUGUUAUUUUUAAUCCAAUGCUGUCAGCUGGAUCUCAAGGUCCAGAACAAGGGGAUAUCCCUGGGCUAGGAGAUGCUCCAUCAGACCAUGAUGUUCCACAGACAAAUUUCCAUUUCAAUAGAUUGGUGGUUGGGGCUGACAUCACCAAUACAGAGUGUGUAUAUACAUAUAUAAAUGAAUAUUCCUUGUGUUUGUGUUGCACAGCUAAAUGACGGGCAGUUUACACCAAUUCAGCUGGUGGGGAUGCUGCGGGGAAUCGCCUCUGGGAUGCGGUAUUUGGCGGAGAUGAAUUAUGUUCACAGAGAUCUGGCAGCACGAAACAUUCUAGUUAACAGUAAUCUGGUUUGCAAAGUAUCGGAUUUUGGUUUGUCGCGGUUUCUCCAAGAAGGAUCCACGGAUCCCACGUAUACCUCCUGUCUGGUAAGAGAAUGAAAUAUGUAAAUGGACGUUUGAAAGAGGGGAUGGAGUGUGAAUGGGCACGAGGGCCGAUAGACGGAGUAAAUGUGAGGGAUAGAUGAGUGCAACAAAUGAAGAACAUGUUGAGGAUAAGCUCAGAUUACUCAUGAUGAAAAAUUAUUUAAAUGCUCAGACUACUCUCACAUUUCAACUCUCAGGGCGGUAAAAUCCCCAUCCGAUGGACAGCCCCAGAAGCCAUCGCCUUCCGGAAGUUUACAUCUGCCAGUGAUGUCUGGGGAUACGGGAUUGUCAUGUGGGAAGUUAUGUCUUUUGGAGAACGACCGUACUGGGACAUGUCUAAUCAAGAUGUGAGUACCAGCAGAUUAAUGUGUCCAAUUACUGCCCAUCAUUCAGUCCGUAGCCAUAAGACAACCAGAUUCUCAUAUUUUAAUAAUUACUUCAAGGUACACUUUGCGUGAGAUUUGUGUUCGUAAAAUGGCCAUUCAGUCGAUUUGUAGAUGAGAGGGUGGGUUUUGAGGCUAACCUACUAUAUUUGUACUCUCUUGUUCUUCAGCUUCCAGAUUUUAGAUUGUGAUCCUUUAUUUUUUUAGGUGAUUAAUGCUAUCGAGCAGGAUUACCGACUCCCAGCUCCUCCUGAUUGCCCAUCUGCCCUGCAUCAGUUAAUGUUGGACUGUUGGCAGAGAGAUCGAGCAGCCCGGCCUCGUUUUACCGAUAUUGUCAGCUCCUUGGACAAACUGAUUCGUAACCCAGCCAGCCUGAAGAUCACCACCCGGGAGCAACAUGGGUAAGUCAGAUAUGCUUUGCACUAAAUGUCUGGCUGGGAUUCCUCAGUAUGGGAGAUCAUGUCAGUGAGGAGGGAAUGAUGAUCAGAGAAUAUUGAUCAGUUAAGUGCUAAGCUAUGGCAGGAGAAAGCUUAAAACUCUUAAGUUUGAUGAUUGUUACCUUCCAACAGAACACUUUUCAAGAUCACUUGAAACAGAUCAUCUCUCAUUCUCUGUCUCUCUCCAGCAUUCGGUAACAUAUCCUAAAUGUUUGUCUGUUCCUCCACAGGACUUCACAGCCUCUCUUGGACCAACGCACGCCGCACUAUUCUUCCUUCGCUACGGUGGGCGAGUGGCUGCAAGCAAUAAAAAUGGGAAGAUACGAGGAAGGAUUUAGAAAUGCAGGAUUUACUACAUUUAGCAGAGUUCGACAGAUAACCACAGAGUAAGUCAAUUAUAGGCUAUAGGAAUUGAAGAUUGAAAUGGAUGGUAAAUGCUGCCAAUUCGAAUAUCCUAGAACAGGCCACAAGGGACACACAGCACUCACUACACACAGAGCCUCACACUACACACAGAGCUACACACUACACACAGAACACACGGCACUCACUACACACAGAGCCACACACAGAACAUACAGCACUCACUACAUACAGAGCCACUUACUACACACACAGCACUCACUACACACAAAGCCACUCACUACACACACAGCCACACACAGAACACUCAGCACUCACUGCACACAGAGCCACACACAGAACAUACAGCACUCACUACAUACAGAGCCACUUACUACACACACAGCACUCACUACACACAAAGCCACUCACUACACACACAGCCACACACAGAACACACAGCACCCACUACACACACAGCACCCACUACACACAAAGCCACUCACUACACACAGAGCCACUCACUACACACAGAGCCACACAGCACUCACUACACACAGAGCCACACACUACACACAGAGCCACACACUACACAAGGAGCCACACACUACUCACAGAACACACAGCACUCACUACACACAGAGCCACACACUACUCACAGAACACACAGCACUCACUACACACAGAGCCACACACUACUCACUACACACAGAGCCACACACUACACACACAGCACUCACUACACACAGAGCCACACACUACACACAGAGCCACACAGCACUCACUACACACAGAGCCACACACUACACACAGAGCCACACACUACACAGCCACACACACCCACUACACACAAAGCCACUCACUACACACAGAGCCACUCACUACACACAGAGCCACACAGCACUCACUACACACAGAGCCACACACUACACACAGAGCCACACACUACACAAGGAGCCACACACUACUCACAGAACACACAGCACUCACUACACACAGAGCCACACACUACUCACAGAACACACAGCACUCACUACACACAGAGCCACACACUACUCACUACACACAGAGCCACACACUACACACACAGCACUCACUACACACAGAGCCACACACUACACACAGAGCCACAAACUCUGUGUGUGGCUCUGGGUAACAUGGGUAAGUCAGAUAUGCUUUGCACUAAAUGUCUGGCUGGGAUUCCUCAGUAUGGGAGAUCAUGUCAGUGAGGAGGGAAUGAUGAUCAGAGAAUAUUGAUCAGUUAAGUGCUAAGCUAUGGCAGGAGAAAGCUUAAAAGGAGCUACACACAGCACUCACUACACACAGAGCCACACACUACACACAGAACACACAGCACUCACUACACACAGAGCCACACACUACACACAGAGCCACUCACUACACACAGAGCCGCUGAUUACACACAGAGCCACUGAUUACACACAGAGCCACUGAUUACACACAGCCACUGAUUACACACACAAGACUCACUACGCACAGAGCCACUGAUUACACACAGAGCCACUGAUUACACACAGCCACUGAUUACACACACAAGACUCACUACGCACAGAGCCACUGAUUACGCACAGAGCCACUGAUUACACACAGAGCCACUGAUUACGCACAGAGCCACUGAUUACGCACAGAGCCACUGAUUACGCACAGAGCCACUGAUUACACACACAAGACUCACUAAUUACACACAGAGCCACUGAUUACACACACAAGACUCACUACACACACAAGACUCACUACACACAGAGCCACUGAUUACGCACAGAGCCACUGAUUACGCACAGAGCCACUGAUUACACACAGAGCCACUGAUUACGCACAGAGCCACUGAUUACACACAGAGCCACUGAUUACACACACAAGACUCACUACACACAGAGCCACUGAUUACGCACAGAGCCACUGAUUACACACAGAGCCACUGAUUACGCACAGAGCCACUGAUUACACACAGAGCCACUGAUUACACACAGAGUCAAACACUGCUGCUGGCUAUGUGCUACUGGAAAAGCAGGGAUAAAACAGAAAAUAACUUGUUGGGUUCACUAGAAGCCCUAAAAAUUGUGACCUGACAGAGUAAACAGGGUUUUUUCGAACCUCAGGCUACGACGAGUUGACUUUAUGAAUAAAUAUUCCAACCAUCUCACACAAUGCAAUGUGGUCGUAGUGUAAUCAAUAUACGGUCAGACAAGGCUCAAGACCAUUUAUCCAAUUGUUGUAUCACUUUGCCAACGAGUUGUAGAGGAUGCCCUGUUCCAUGGUCCCAGUCCCCCCUUUCACCAUAAAAAUUUAAUUUCUCCACGAAAACUCAAUGAUUGAACCUCUAGGAGCCCCUUGGCUAGGUGGACAUUAAAAAGCCUGCUAUCGCCUCUUCGGAGCACGGGGAACUAGAUAGCCCCAUUCCUUGCUGGGAGAGGAGCAAAUUAUUUAGUGAAUGUCACCACAGAUUAGACAAUUCUCACACUUCGUCAAAUACGCAAACGAGAUAAAGCUUCUUCCAUGAAGAAAUCAGCAUUGGAUUAUUGUGCAAAGUGCGAUCAGAACCAUGGAAUUGCUCCCACAGGCUUGUGCAAUCGGUAUCUACGCUCGCAACUAAACAGGGCAACAGUGACUGGUUGUUUGCUAUAAGACAUCAGUCAGUGAUGGAAAGGAGAGAAUGUGGGGUGGGAGGUUGCAUGAGAAUGGGAUAAAGAAAUUCAAACAUUCAAACAUGUAUUCUUAAUGCUCUAAUGUUCCUCGAGCUAUGUAGGUGCCAACCCCCAUGAGGGAAGAUUUACUUACCUUACAUCCCAUGGUGUGCCAGGCUCCGUGGCUGAGUUCAUCAGUCUUCAUCAGGCUAAGGGCGCAAAAUGCUGCUCUAGGAGAGUCAUUUGAGCUAUAGCCAAGUUUAACUUGGUUCUAGCUGUGGAAGAGCCGCUAUUGGUUGUCUUCUGACUAGAGUUGUGUUAACCCUGAAUGAAAAUAUUUUUGUUCCUGCAAUGUUUUUAGAUGGAUGCAGGAUUAAAUAGACAGGCAUGAGGUGGUGUGAGUCUCUUUAAAGACAGUCAUUCGGCAGGCAAACAUGUAAAUAUUAUUGAAGAAAGACGAUUGUAAAAUGUACUAUUUAGUGGUAAUUGUCUUUCCUCCACACACAGUCUAGCUGGUUUCCUCUACACACAAUCAUACACUUGUGGCCUCCAAGGUUGAGUCAAUACAAGCUCUGAAUAAGGGUAGUGCUUACUCAAAUCAUACAAUUAUACAAUUUAUUGGUUCCAUAAUCUAAUACAUCUUACUAAACAGAAUGUAACGUUGCAUGCGCCACUCUUGCAUUGAACCAAGUGUUUUUAAAAAUAAAAAUAGUUUACAAAUAAUUUGAAAUUCUCCAGGCUCACUGUUAGCUCUUCAUUUAUGUCAUUCUCACACCUUGCAUUCAUCUUAACAAUCACAGAUACCAGAACUCAUGCACAUAGUUAGAAACAUAGAAUGUGACGGCAGAUAAGAACCAUUCGGCCCAUCUAGUCUGCCCAAUUUUCUAAAUACUUUCAUUAGUCCCUACUUAGAAAAUAACAAUGUUUAUGCAAACUCCACAAAUUUAGUUGCUAAUCCUUUCACUUCUACCUGAAGCCCCAUAGCGCACAGCUCCCCCUUUUCUGUUUUUGACACAUUUUGGAAAAUACACAAUAAUGUCACUUCCAGUAGCGCAACAGAAAGUACUUAUUGGUCAAUCUUUUUGGCAAUUACCUGCCAGAUCUGUUCCGAUAUCAGGCAAAUACACAACGGCUUCCAAAUCCUUUAGCUCUUUAUCUUUAAGCUCACACAAAGCUAGUUUGUGAUAUUUUCACUGAUAUUUCAUUUGAGGAUAGCCACGUCCCGUGCCUUUUGUAGGGACGUGACAGGGAUCUAAUUGUUUCACAUAUACCGUGAAAACGAUUGCUAACUUAAUGUCCUCUCCAUUUAAUUGUAAACAUCUCUCCACCCAUUGUGCUUCUUCUUAGAGACCUGCUACGGAUGGGGAUCACGCUUGCUGGUCACCAAAAGAAGAUAUUAUCGAGUCUUCAGCAAAUGGUCCCAGCUGAGAAGAUUCCCUCGGGACCCGGACUAUGCUACUAGUUGACUUUGCUGCACCAUUGGACUUGAGACCACCAAUCACAAACUCUCAUUGAGCAGUGCAAUAAGCUGAUUGGUUGCAGCCUUGUGAUGUCACCACUGACUGUCCAGCACGGUAUCUAGGAGAGGCAGAGUUUGGGGUGACCACACACCGCAUUGUGAAGGCAGCGGUAUAUCCCCUGUACAGUAUGUAUAUAAAUACAUUGUCAAUGAGUCUUUUUGUUUCCUC